AUGUCGCUGGGCGCUGAGAGGAGGACGGAAACCCGGCUGAAGAAGCUGGAGGACAUGAUCAGAGACCCCAAAUGUGCCAUAAACCUGGAAAGUUUGCUGGUAAGUCAUGUGGGACACACCUCAUAUAUUAUUAAUGAUGCGAUGCUGUCUAUUGGCUGAAACGCUAGACACGUAUGCACACAGUUAGGUAACAUUAAUCUAUUGAUUUACUAUCUUUCCUUAAUCUACUCCACCUACAGUAUUGUAUCCGUGCUACUGUUAGCAUUGUGCCAGACUAUGAUGCUGCAUGCUCAUUUUCAAUAAUUUGUCCCAUAUGCUUCAACUAUGAAUCUGCAUAGUUUUGUUGUGUCCUGAAAUCAAACCUUUAUUAUAAAACCAGCCAAAAUUAGAGCCUCAUGGUGCACAUACUGUAGACAGGCCUGAUUAAUGGUUAAGACUGAGUGCAGACAGUGCAGUUUGGGGCUCUGUCAAGCGUGUCUACAGAUUAGGAUUAACUACAAGAGAAUGACCCUCUUGGUGGGUUUGUGGAGACUGAUAUUUCUGGCUAAAACUACCUCCUGGGUAGCAGUUGGGUCCAGCAGACCUCCAUAUUGCCAAUACCCUUCAGCUCUACAUACUGGUGUAGUCCUUUCUGCACAUAGGUUACAGGGAAGAUGCCAAAUGUAUACCAAACAUUUUAAAACUAUUAUCUGUCAACUUGACACCAGGAAUCUGGAAAACUCCUAAAAGAGUCCUCAAUUCCUCAGUCCACAAAAGGAUAGAACAGGAACUUUCGACUUGAUCAGAGUAUUUGAUCAUUUUCUCAGCCAUUAGAUUUAAAUGAGCUUUUGCUGACAUGAUGCAUUAAUGGAGUUACAGGUAAAGCACAGGGUGGAUUGUUUCAUUACCUGGCAUUGACAUUACUGUACAAUUGCAUGAUGAAAACCACUAGUCUGACAACAUUUGCCACUUAUCAACAACCCCAUUUUGAGUUGACAAUAGGGCUGGGCAAUAAAAAGAUAAAGAUAGAUAUAAAAAAUUAGUUUCCCUCAAUAUCAAUAUGAAACAUGGUCAAUAUGCUUUUCGAUAGAUGGCAUUCUGCCAUGUUUUGGCAGACCAUACGUAUAGCCAAUGAAAGGGGAGUUGCUCCGGGUCUAUGCUGCCCUGAACAGACUAUUCAGUCCGCUGUCUCUCGCGCAACGUCUUACAACAAAAUGAUGAAGAGACACAAAGACCUCACAGAUGCAAGAGCUUAUUGUAUUGCAAAAGACAUGCCACCAAUAAGCAUUUUUAAAUUUCAUUGAAGAGUAACAGGGAUCAUUUCAGAUUGACAAGUAAUUUUUUAUGUCGUGAUAUUUGUCAAUAUCGACUGAUAUGAAAAAAAUAUAUCGUGAUAAACUUUUCCCCAUAUCACCCAGCCCUGGUUGACAAUAGGCUUGUGGAACCUUUUUUUAUUCCAAAAUAGUUCCUGGCACUAUCUUUUUCAGGCACUUUUCCGUAGAGCCCUAACUUAGUCUUGACUCUCUCUCUUGUGUGAUGUACUACUAGCGUGACAGACUAUUGAACAAAUCUCUAUAUUACUAAGUGUAACUGUUUAAAAGUCCUGUUCUGUGCUGAUCACAUAGCCAAACUUUCAGUUUAGUACAGUAACCUUUGACUAAUCUCUGAACUUGACGUUUAAAAUCAAAACCAUGCAUCACCUUUGGCAUAAAGCAUCAUUUUGACUCUGUUAAACCUGCCAAAGCAAAAUUCAGUCAAAGAAGUUAGUCAAAAGAUAGACUGCUUUAUUUGUGCUCCUAGAAGCAUCCCAACAGUCAGAAUAAAUUAGUUUUUUUUUCUACAUGUCUCACUUAUGAAUCCACAAACUCUGGUGUCUCUGAACUGCUUAAUCACCUUUUACUCACACAGCUCUGUAUGAAUGUGUCAUGAUUGAGAAUUUCAAACAUGUUUCCCCCCUCGUCAGUGUCCUAGUCUGAUUGUGACUGAUGAUAAACCUACAAACAGACCAGGAUGUUAGGCAAUGUACACAGUCAGAUCAGUGUUUCAGUGCAUUUCCUUUCAAUCUGAUGCCAAGGACAGAAGUAAACACCAGAUGUUUGACCCGUCUUUUUGAGGAUAAAGUCACCUUACUUUACCUUAAGAUAACUUUGCAGUGAAGAUGAGACCUGAAUUAUGCUAUUUUAAACACUAAGUUUGAAUAACUAUAAUGUCUUUUGCAGAGGCCUUUGAUGAGCCUUGUUAUGAUGACUUAAAGCUGUAUAGGACAGUGGAAAAAUUCUCCCUUAUACCAGCGUCUAUACCAGCAUGAGUCUGACAUAGUAAAAAUAAUCAUCUCCUGUGGGCACUGUCUUCUUAAAAUAGGUUCUGGUGUUACUUAUGGGCAUCUGACCACAGGAAUGAACUAAUCUGAACUUAAAGAGCAUUGUCAAUAUAAAGAUGAGAAAGCUUCAGUAUCAGGACAUACACACUAUUUUCAAACCCUCACCAGCUGUGUGUCAGAGUACUUGGCUAAGUUGUAGAAGUACUUCAGUUUUAGUGGCAGGGUUUGAAUUUCUGGGCCUCCUAACUGGAUGUGACAGAGGGCAAACAUGCUGUCGGGUCUAUCUUAAAAAGCAUCACCUCACCCCUUUUAACGGGCCCCAUCCAACUUGGGGCCUCCUGUUCAUACCCUCUUCUGUUCCCCCUCCUUCCUACUCGAGGCAAUCCUGGUAUAGCCCCUCUUCCCUUCGAACAUCCAGCAGAAUACUCGCCUGAAACCAGUGGUGUUUACUUCCUGCACGCAAGCUGGAGAGAUAGAGGUGUUGAGUGUUUGAGACAAAAGUUGAGUGGGAAGCAUGCGUAGGAGAGGACAGGCUGCAGUUUUCCAUUUUUAGCAGCCUCGGUGCUGUCCCAGGGAUCAAGAAGUUUUGCUGUUCAGGUUGGGAUUCCAACACACACUCACUCACGUACACACACAAACAGUAAUGGCUCAGAAAUGUCCUUUUUUGCAGGUGGAAUAAAAACAUGCAUACUUGAAGUGCCUCUAAAAUUGCUCACAGGCUCAUAUUCGGUAAACAAUGAAUCACGAAUCCGUAGCUCUUGUGGCAUAGCAACAGCAAAAAGACAAGGGAAGUCGCUCUAUCAACUAUUAUAUAAUCUCCUCAGCAACAGCUUGAUAAAAGUAAGAAAUAUUGGACUUGUGCUUUGAAGUAAGAGGGUUUGCAGGACUUGCUAAGAGGCAGUGAACUGACUACCCUGAGGAUGUGGGCAGCUGACAGUGAGGAAUUUGCAGCAUCUGUCCAGUAAACUCAGUGACUUUCCUGUUAAGAAAGCAAACCCUUCAUGGGGCUGGAUGGACAACAUUUCACAAUGAGGCUACAGUUAGGAUGCACAGAUUCCUCUUUAAGCAUUUUUUGAAUCUGUAAUGUACCCUUGACUCCUCACAGCUCUCAAACUGAACACAAUACCCAGUCGAGAUCACAUAAUUGAUGCUUCAGUUGCACCACACAUCUCGGAUGAGCCUGUUAAAUAUAUCUACCGAAUGAUAUGAACCUUAUUAGAUAUAACAGUGUUUGGUACCUCUGAGGCUGAGAAGACAAGAUGACACAUUACAACGGAUUUAAAGUGUAUGAUGAUGCAACACUUAAUUAAACAGACUUACUUCAACAAGACAGCAGCCUUUUAAUUAUCUCUCAAUAGAGGUGGGUGGCAUGGCUAAAAUUUAAUAGCACGUUUUUUUUAAUGGCAUAAUCAUGACCACAGCUCCGUCGCCAUAAUGUAAAUAAACCUAGGUUAGCCAGAAGAUAACUUUUCAUCAGCAGUCCCUUUGCCAGAUGUUGUUGGGCAUAAAAAAAGAAAAUGUUUAAGAGUGCAGAAAAUAACAAACAGAAAUGUAAUUAAAACAACAAACCUGAAAAUAUGGGAUAUUGAAUGUCAUCAGAUGAUACAGUUACAGUUUUAGUGUUGAGUACAUCAUCAACCCACGGCUUGGCGGGGUGAAAAUAUACUCAUAUUAGCACAAGAAGGCAAUUAAACAUGAUGAAAGUUGAAACGCUUAAAAAUAAAAACAAAUAUUUAGCAAACCACCGGAUGUUGAUUGUGGACACUCUUCAAUCUUCCUGUCUCCAGCCGGUGUCCAGUGGGUUAGGCAAAUCUAAAAUGGUAAAAACAAGGGGGAUGUUCUGAGACAGGCUGUUACCUGUGAAACAGGGGUGCUCUGAAAACACCCCCAUUAGCACUUUGUACGUUCCUCCUGAUGAAUUUAACCAUUUACUGUAGAUUGAUGAGGAAAAAAAUUGAGUUGACCAAUCGCAAUUUUGGUCGACUAAGCACAUAAUGACCAAUAAGUCAACCAGUCGACUAGGACUUUACAGCCCUACAAUAAACACAAUUUCAACAAACUAUAUAUGAUUUAAACUCAAAUUUGUUUGAAAUUGUAGACGGAUAAGAGGUAGUGAGCAUCUUAGAGUGUGUUUCUACUUUAACACAGGUGAGACUGUCUGUGCCUUUACUGUCUUUGCAGCUUACUGCUCUUUUUCUCUCAGCAGAUUCUUAACUCAUCACAAAACAUUGGGAACACACAGCAAACCUCUAAAAAUUGCAGGGGGUUACUCAAUGUUGCAGAUGCUGUUUGUUUAACUUGUGAUCUGAACCAGAGCGCUGAAUUGGUGAAUUGAAACAUCAACAUACAUUCUAGUUUUAUGAGCAUAGACCUGUAAUAUAAAGAACACGCAGAGAUCUGUCUCUAAUUGGAGGAUAUCCUUCAUUCAUAAUCCUUCAUUAUCUAACAUCUUCCUGUCACACCCCCAGAGCUCUGAAUGGUGUUAUUGGUGCACAUUCUAUUUAGAAGAGAUGUGUUUUCAUAUUUGAUCUCAUUUACUCAAUCGCCCGCCAUAGAUGAUGAUAGAUGUUUCAUAUUUUUUCCUUCUUGAAUCAGCAUCAUGUCAGUAUUAUAUCCCUGUGUCAGUAAAGCUUGACAGUGUUCGUAUAAACUGUAGAUCACUUUAUUGCUCCAAUCAGCGUUCGAUCAAGUGUAACCUGAGGUCUCAGCAACCUUCCCCCCUGAUGAAAACUGAAGCGAUCAUUACUUGGCAGCACAUCUCUGCUGACUGAAGUGCUGGUCUUAACUUGGCAGCUCCAAGCCCAGGGAGAGAUUGUCGGGCCAAGCAGAGAGGGCAUUUUUCGAGAUAAAGAAAAGUAUGGACAUUUGAUUUUGAGCCACAUAAGUUGGCUUUCUGCGACUUAAAGGAAAUGACCUCAUUGAGUAAAUACUUGGAUAGCUAUAUAUGGGGCUCAUGGUCCCUGUGAAUGACUGCACUUUCCCCUUUCACUUUUCACUCUUAUCUCCUUUACUCUGGCUCUGCUUCCUUCUUUGCAGUUCUGGCUUGUUAAACACACUGCAGGUAUUUUAACUGUAGCUGUAGCAGUCAAACACUUUUUGAUUCAGCUGCAGACCUGGUACCACGAAAAAACUUCAGGCACAAAACUCAUGUGUGAGGGGAAAAGCUUAAGAGCUGCUCUGAUGUGCUCCAGAUCGUGUCCAGUGGAUUGUAUGCAUUUGAUUUAUUUUGCUUAAGAUAGGGUCCGCUGAUUAAACAAACUCAUCAAGAGAAUUUAGAAUAACAUUUACAACAAAUGGGGUGAUAAACUUGGACUUCUCACUGUACGGAUAGAUCAUACAUCCAAAUUAGCAACAGCAGCCAGCUUUUUCCAUCACAUGUGAGGCACUCACUGCAGUCCCUGCUCAUGUGAGACAGCAAAACAUCAGCUCAGGAAUAAAUAAGUGGAAUAAAAAGGACUAUUAAAGAUCAUCUACUAGGGCUGGACUAUAUGGCUUCAAAUCAAUAUCACGAUAUAUUGAGCAGUUCACCUCGAUAACGAUAAAUGAAUGAUCACUACUCCCCCUCCCACAUUAACUUUGUCAACUUCAGCCGCCGCUCCAGCCGCUAGAACUUUUGAACUGUCCUCCAUCUCCUCACCUGUCUUUCCCUCUUUGUUACGGACUGGAUGGGGUGGAGUUUUGUCUCCUACACACAUCCAAAACCAACUUAUAUUUAUUAUUAUUUUUUGACACUGAAUAUACUGAUAUGGGCAAAAUGACGUUGGUUAUUGUCAUAAAUUUCAGUGUCAGUAAAUUAUUGGUUUAUUGCCCAGCCCUAUCCUUUACCAAAGGUGAGAAAAGUGUCGACAAAAACUAGAAACCUGGCAUCAUUUAUUUCAUGUUGAAGUUGGUGUCAGCUCAGUAAACAACCCCCAAUAGACAUUAGGUUUGCCUAGAAACAAAAUAAAUUUGUUUUAUUGAGCUUGAUCUGCUCUUGGUCCUGGUUUUAAUCAGUAAGUAGAUUGUUUCUUCAGUUGUAGGCUUUUGUCAGGAAUUAAGUCCAAGCUUAGUUUGUGGCAACUCAGCUCACAGUGCCCCUGGAUGGGCUGUGACCAGUUGAGGUUGUCAGUGAUAGGCCCGAAAAUUAUGAUAUUAGAAAAUGGGAUCUACAUAAGUUUAAAAGUAUGAGUAUAUUUAAUUUAUGUGUAUCUGCUGUCUUCAUGUGUUUCCCUGAGUCCAAAACAAAACUGAGCUUAAGCUUCCCCUAACUGCGGCAGACUGGAGUUAAAGCACAAACAUUGUUUAAUGAAGUAUACAGUAUAUUGCACAUUUAGUGAAAAAUUCAGACUGGUAAAGAUUGAGAAUGAUCACUUUGAGAUAACAAUAAAAUGGAGAUGAAUUAUAUAUUUGUCCAGAUUUUGCCUAUAGCCCAGUCCAGCUGGUGGUUGUUGGUUCCAGUCCCCCUCUCCUUUUUUUAUCUCUCUGUUUCUCUCAUCCAUCUCCAUUCACAUAUUCUCUGUUUGCUCCUAUCUCCCUGCUUCGUCCACAGACCUCCCACCUUUUGUUUACCACUUUUCUUCUCACCCAGCGUCCCCUGUCUCCCUUUCUUCUCUGUUCCUCUCCAUUCUUUUUAUCUUAUUGCACAUUCCCCCCUCCCCCUCCACCCCCACCCUUCUUUUUGUGAACCUCUUCAGGGAGUUGGGGAUAACCCCUGUGUGUCUCCUUUUCUGUUUCUACCCUGAUAGUCAACCUGAGUGUCCACUUGGUCUCUGGAGUGCAGUUGUGUUGCUCUCAGGAAAGCAGCAGCAGCAGUCCUGGCUUCCAUGUGCUAGCUGGAUAGAAACACUGCCUUAUAAGGCACUGGGGACGGUGGCCCCAGCCAAUUUUUUUUUCCUGCAAAACAAGCGAGUCUCUCUGCUCCACACCACCUCUGGUGAGACGCUCGGGUCUCUCUGUAGCCUUUUUUUGGUUUUUGCUUCACUCCAGUGAAGAAGACCUGGUGUCCUCUGGGUGUGCAAGCCCUCAGUGUUCUGGACAUGUCACACUUUGUUUGAGCUAUGUUUUGUCUGGCCUUUCGUGGUUGUGAGAAGCUUCUCAAGGUUUCUCUUUUAUUGAAGUUACUGAAGGACAAGCAGGAGGUUUUCCUGAAAACAUAUGAUACUGACACUUGUUUAAAGGUUCAAUGUUAGCCAUAAACAUUCUUACUUUCCCUCUUAAGUUUUCUCUCAAUCCUUUAUGAGACCAUCCUGAAAGUUAUCAUCAUAUAUAGACUUUAUUUUAAGUACUAAAUAAUGUAUUACAAUUUAAGAGGGGAUGUGUGCUGAUACUGACCAUUGAUAACAGCGUGCUUGUGAUGGUAGAAACAGAAGACAACACUUUUUUAAACAUUUGUGGAUUUUAAAACAUCAUUUACUGCUGACCUUUGAAACAGAAAAAAUAAAAUAAUGAUAAUAGAAUAGCAUGGAAUCAUUAGCACUGCAAUAGCUGGGGAUAUUUCAGAGUUUUUGAGAUGAGGUUGUGUUUGUUACCCCCACUCUCUUGCUACUUUCUCUUCUACACUUUUACAUUUACGUAACUCGCACUACUCGCUAUAUAGACUGUGUAUAAGCUUGAAUUUUAUCCUUCACAGUCAUGGAAGAGGGUCUGACAGGAUGCACAAGUCGAAAAUAACGUGUGUUGUUGAACUCACACAGUGCAAGUAGAAAUCAGUGGUGGCGCAUUGAUAUUCAUGAUCAUGUGAAAUUACAGUAGCGUUGCACGUAAUUCAGCAGCUGUGGUGCGCUGCGAGGUAAAUCUACAGUUUUUGGCAGAUAGGGCAGACUCCUCACAGCUCAUUUAGACAAACACUCAUUCUGGUCUAAGUUUAAAGAAAUUUUCCAGCACUUCACAUUACCACCAGAAAGCUCACAGGUCGUAAAAAUAAAUUAGUAGCAUUCUCAACGCAGUAUGCAGUUGCUAUAUGGUUUCUUUACCUGAGCGUAUAGUGUUGGAUGGUGAUCUCACUGCUGCUGCAUCAAAUUUGACCCUUUAACUGCAGCAAGGACUGGCUGAUUAUUGGUCACUGCUCUGUCUUCAUUCUGUAGACUUCAUUUGAUUUUUGGAGGAUGCAAAACCACACUGCUUGGUCUGCCAUAGUUAUGCUUAUGAAGCGUAGCCGCCAUAUCUCUUCAUAAGUAAAGCAAAUGAAGCUGCUGCACCACAGGUGGCAUUAGUUUGUUCUGUGCAGGUAGCGCUGAACAGGAUGCACUGGCCCUUUUUUUGUUUGCUAUGGCAAAGCCUUUACAAUUAAAUAAGCAUGACAUUUUAAAGCGCGGUUGAUAGCAAAGACAGUUACUUUCUGCAUCCUUCUUCAUCACUUUGCAUUUUUUGUCAGUGAAUCACAUUUCAAGGAAAAAAAUCUGGUCAUCCAGCUGUACAUAGCUUCAGUAAAUCUUAGGUCAGUCUUAGGGUAUCAUGUUAAAAAUUUGCAGAAGCUAACGACUGGAGAACAAAAUGCUUUGACAGGAAGAAGGAUUCCCUCAGCCUGCUGUAAAACAUUCAUGACAAACAGAGGGAAAAAAAUCAAAGUUCAGCUCACACACACACACACACACACACACACACACACACACACACACACACACACACACACACACACACAUUGGUAAACACACGCAUACGUCACAAAACCUUGAUCACACAUUAUAUAAUAGCUUGGGCAAAUAGUACAAGACAUGCGCCGGUCCAAGAUCCACUUCACAGGGAUGUAGAGAGGAAUGCAAAAUUUGAGAAGGAACUUGGUGUCCGAAAAAUAAAUGGGUGCUCUGUAUCGGCCCAGAAAAGCUGAAAUAUUGCUUUAGUUUAAAUUACAUACUGGCUCAUCUGGCAGUAUGAUAAUAUAAUAUGAAAUAAAGUGCUGCUAAUGUCAUCCAUCCUCAUUAUAGGACGUUUUGGACGAAGAGCAAAUCUGCGCCGUGACGUCUUGAUGUGUUUCUGUGGUAUAUGGUUCUCUCAUGUGAGAAGAAACGUAUGCACCCUGAGAUUUGUCUUAAUCUGGCGGAUCUUCUUGUCUAGACAUAAGGACUAUGGUUGAGAUAAUGUGGCUGCGGUGCAUUCAAGAGACCAUUCUACAAGCUUUCAUGCAAACUUGUGAAAACCAACUCUGAACAGUUCUGAGUCUCCUAUCUUUCUCUUUAAAAAACAGCUCUGAUGGAAGAUUUGACGCUUGAGGAACUUUCACUCUGCACAGAUUCACGACGUGACUCAUUUCAUGGGAAGCCAGCAGUGGCUGAUGCAUAAAUCUAGCUGUUAAACUCUGUACAGAAUCAGCUCCCUGCUGUGUGAAUGUUAAAGAAUUUGAUACCUGAGUCUUGUUGUAUUUUUAGUUUUAAAUGAGGGUGUGAGUGCGCAGAGAAGAGAGGAGAACGGCACUCUCCCCUCUCCCACGCAGAAUGCAUAACCCAUCCAUCUGGCCUCAGCCUUAUCAUUCCAUCCCAACCUGCUGCCGAAACACAACCUCCUACACGCAACGUUACACACACACUUUCCCUCACGCACUCACACACAUAUGCAAAGGACGCACAUUAGCAUUAUUCACUUGAUCUUAGCAACACACAAGCCGCAUUGUGAGCCACCAGCAGCAACGAGAGAACAAUCCAACACGUUAGCAAACAGCUUUGUGUUGUCAGCGAGUUCACGAAGCUUUCAUUUCCUUUAACAAACCCAAACAACAGUGAUGAGUCCAGCAGUGUUGUCGUGUUGAGGCUGGCAGUUAUAUUUCUAAACAGUUUGUGUUAAUACUUGAAAUAUUUAUAUACAGAUUUGAACAAUGUUCAUCCAGAAGGGCUGAAACUGAAACCCUCGCUUGAAACCCAGCCUAAUCUUAUCAUUCAGGCAUGACUGACUUUGUAUUGAGAGUUGGCAGGCUAUAUCUGAUUCUAAACUGAGGAUUUCUACCUCCUUUACAGAGAUUUUUGUGGCUAAAAAUCCUCAGAAAUGACAGAAAAUUAAACAAAUACAGAUAAAAGGUAGGAGCCCAGAAUAUGAGACACUGUCUUUCUCAGCGGGUUCUCUCAAAAGAGUCCAAAAUGUGCAGUUUUUGUGAAGCUGUGUAGCUGUUUCAUGUAUUGACUGGUUCUAACUUUCACUGUGAAAACUCUCUCUGAUCCCCUUGCUUCGCAUUAUGGUCAUGUCCAUCCUGAGAGGAAUCUAUUUAGCAUAAUCACCCUCUCAAUACACAGACUUUAUCCUGUGCUUUACCCUUUAAGCCAGGUAUGUCCAAACUAUUCCACAAAGGGCCGGUGUGGCUGCAGGUGUUUCUUCCAACCAAGCAGCAGCACACCAGACUUGAUUCAUUUCAUCAGCUGAUCUCAGUCUUCAGACAGCUGAUUGGUCAGACUGCGUGCUCUUGAUUGGUUGGAAGAAAAACCUGCAGCCUCACUGGCCCUUUGUGGAAUAGUUUGGACAUGCCUGCUUAAGCUACUCACUGAAGACACUAAAAAUACUAAACCAAGUUGAGAGUAGAAUUUAAAGAUGGUUGUGUUAUUUUAGGUGAGCGCCUCCAUGGCAAUGGUCUUCUUAUUGGUCUUCCAAUACUGAUCCGAUAUCGGCACAAACUUCUGCAUGACACUUUUGCACUCAGCUGCAACGUCUGUUUCAGACUUAAAUACUGCCACACGACCAACAUCACUCCUAAUCUUUACUACUUUGUCAGUACCUUAGUACACACUGUUGUUGUUAUCAUGUGGGCUCUGCAUGCUGGACCCGACCUCUGCUAGAAAGAGGUGCUGGAAUGGACUGCUUAUAUCGGAGAUUUUAGAUAUCUGCUGAUAUAAUCUGAUAUUAGUUGUUUUGUUGAUAUCAGACCGAUGUCCGAUAUCAAUAUCAGAUUGAGAUAUCCUUAGCAGCAUUCAGUAAGGCUCCUCUCUGUAACUUUUCUGUUCUCUUAACCUGUCCUGUUAAACCGCCAAAACUCAUAGCAUGUUGCAGUUUGUUUUUCCUUUAUACCUGUUUUCUUCAGUUUGGCUGAUGUCUCUGUGCAUUUUCCCAUCCUUUGCUGGUUUCUUUGCUGUUUUCAUUCUCUUGCCUCCUUUUCUCUGCUGGUUACAGAUCAACCUCUAAGUAUCCUCCGUAUGGAUUACUGAUACUUUCUAAAACCAGUGUUUUUGCUGUGUUGUCAACAGUCAAAGGCACAAUAUGACUUCAGAGACCUGCACAGGGUUUGACAUUAAGCUAAAUUUGCUGCUGCCCCCACUGUAGUAACCAUUUUCUUUUUUAUUCAAAAGAUACCAGUCAAGAAUUGACUUUGGAAGUGAAGAAAAUAAUCCGACAUUCAGCCACAUCAUUUUCAGACCAACUCCAGCAAUCUUACAUGUUGACUUUGUCCUGGUGUGGUUUGGUACCAGUGGUGUCAUAAUCAUGUUAGCUUAGGAGAAAACCGUGGGUACAGUCAGUGUUUAAGUGUACACCUGGAGUGAAGCGAAAGUGCUGGUGGAAGUGACAGUCCUGAAGCUGACAGUGACGGCUCUUUUCAACACUUCAGAAAUGUCAACGCUGGAGCACAGGCACUUACAGAAAUAGCCCGAUGUGUGACAUAAUCUUAUAGGAAACAUGUUUUUCCCAAGACAGUAUUGUAACCAGGCAGUCAGCUGAUCUGGAGUCUGUCAAUCAUGCAUCCAAGUGAGAAGGUCAGUUACAGUGAUGCUGAGCCCUGCUGGGUAUAGACUUCCUUGUUGGAAAAAUUUUAUAUCCAUUCUCUGUUGUUGUUUAUUUGUUGAUUGGAGAGAACAUGAAUACAAAUGUUGAAAUAAACAACUGUUUUUUUAUUACUCGAUUGCUGAAUAUAGAAUUAACAUGAAACAAUCAGAGUACAAGGUGAACUGAGAGCAUACAGCAGGACUUAAUGUACUGGAAGUCCUGCCCUGCUCUGUUUUUUUUCCUGGCACAUUCCUCUCUAUACUUUAUAAUGAAACAUCGGUGCCAAGAAAUGCACAGGGCACAGGAGCAUGGGACAGAAAUCUGUCAAAUACAAGAGUUAAGACAUACUCUUGUUAUUCCCCGCGGAGACAUUAGCUGUGCUAUUUGUGGGCCUCUGCAGGAUUCCUGCUGUUGUAUCUUUCUUGGAGAGUUUACGGGCCCUGCCUGGCACAGUCCCCUCUCCCUGCCCGGCCCACCGUUUAUCCCCACAACUAUUUUUAAAACGGCUGGAAUUCAAUCAAAACAUUAACUUUCUGCUCAAUCCUUUUAAAGCCCAGAGCUGUGCUGCUUGUUUUCUGUUCCACAUGCCGAGUGAUGAGAUGGGCAUAGGAGAGGGAGAGGGUGUUUUUUCUUUCAAUAGAAAUGUAGCUGUUGAAGUUUUAGGUUGUUUUAGGCUUUUAAACAGUUUAUUUAUUCUUCAGUGUUUACCACCACUCAAGUUAACAUUAGUGCAUUUCUGUUCUUGUGGAUUCAUGUGGCUGUUACUGGGUGAUGGAGAGUGGGCGCAGGCGAAGGAAGGAAGACUGACAGCUCCAUAAUGUCGAUAGCAGGUUGGGUAAAUAAAAUGGAAAAAGAACACAAGUGAGCUGAAAUGGAGCACUUAUAAAACUCCUGCCUGCUGCUUCCCUGCAACUUCAACUGGAUUCAACUCUUUGUAUUUGGCAGGAGUUGCUUAGCAACCAGCCAAAACCCAUUGGCUGGACGACAGUGGAGCAGAGAUAAUGCUGAAGUGCUAUCUAAUAGAUACGUAACAACUUAUUCUGAUAAGCUGAGCAGGACAGACAUUGUAUCAGUUCAGGAAGACAUUAAUGUAAACCUGUCACUGUAAAUUGUAUAGUGGAGUGCUGCUGUGGAUUUAGCCCUUAUGGCAGGCCUGAUGUCAUGGUUUAUAACUAUUAAAAACAAUUGUUUUAAACCGCUCCUUUUGCCUGGAUGUAAGAGAAGCGUGAUGGUGGGAAAGAGAAGGAAAAGAGAGGAGGCGCUGUGGUAGACUCAAACAGGUCCAGAGAUGUCAAAUGCAUGAAAUUUUAAACCGUCAAUUUAGCUCAACACCUCCCCAGACACUUGGCGGUAAUUUCACAUUUAUUAAUAAAAGUGCUUCUGCCCAGUAGCUGAGAAAUGUCCUCCAGAGUCUGGUUGGUGGUUUGUACGGUUACACUAAUGGAAGCAAAUUGGAGGAGCUGCAUUUUUUAUGACCUGCAGGGUAGAGCCUGUAUGGCCCAUACGGGCUUAUUUCAAACACAUUAGAGUAUAUGCUUUUUUCUAUACGCUUAUGUUGAUAUAUGCUUUCACAGAACAAAAAAGGAAGAAAAUGAUGUUGAAAAAUAUCAAUAAACCCAAAACGUUGUGGUUUUUAAAUCAUUUUAAACCUUUAUUUAGUUAUGUAAAGAAAACUCAAUGUUAAAACUAAAAACUGUGAUUGUUUUGAAAUAGUGUUUGUACAUAUUUUUAAUUUGAUGCCAUAUGUGUUUAAUGUUAAAAAUGUAUAAAACUGUGAAAAAAUGUGCGCAGAAAGUGAUAAGGUGUUGUUUGGCUGAAAUAUGAAAGGUCCUCUUUAAAAAAAAUAAAAAAGGCAUCAUCUUGAUUGCAUCGCAUGCUGCUCCACAACUGUUACUUAUCCGUCACCAUUAAUGGUUCCCCCCAGAUGUGGACACUGAAGCAUCUUUACACCAUUAGGGGUGCAGGUUCCUGAACUGUGUGCUUCUGAUAAACUAGGUGGCCCCUCUCCUCUUUAGAGUGGAGAAUGGAGAACAUUUGAUAGACCAACACCACAGGACGGUAUUCCCUGUGCCUGUCCAUCUUAAAUACAGUCAGACCUGAAUCAUGUUUACAUAGAUAUAUUGUUUCUUCUUUGCAUGAUACAGUUUCAAUCUGCAUUUGUGGAUGCAGUGACUGGUUUUUAGAUGUAGUUUGGGGUCCAUGCAGUGAUUUCCGCAGCAGUCAUGACUUUUUUAUGUCUCUUUGUUUUCACAGAGAUAUCUCAUGAUGAUCUAAAUAUUUCCCUGGUUAUUAUGAACUGUAGUUUAUGAAAUCCUAAAAGUCUUUGCAACAUUUUUCUCUGGAGCUGCAUAUACUGGAAAUGCAGAAGUAUUUCCUCACCCAGUCCUUCAAAGAGUGGUGAACUUUUUCCAUCUUCUCUUCUGUGAGACGACAUCUCCCAGGAAUGCUUCUUUUUAAACCCAGUCACAUAACUAACCUGUUACAAAUAAAUAAACCUAGUUAGUUGAAAGAUGUUGUUCUGGGAGUUUUAAUCCUAUCUGAUUGUUUUCAGGGUUUUGUUGUUGUCCCUGUCAUCACCUUUUGAAAACAGUUUGCUUGCAUUCAUUUAAAAAAAAAAUUAAUUGAACAGAAUUUCUAACUUUUGAUGUGCGCUUUUCGUCAUUAAUUUUCAGUUUGGAAUAAAUCCUGUUUUUUUUUUUUUCAAUCAAAACAGUGUCCCAAUUCUUGAAGCAUAGGGUUUCUACUCAAAUUAGGUGCCCUGAAGAACUAGAACUGCAAAUCUGUGCACAGUUGGUUAGCAGUAAAUAUUCCUCUUAUCUUCACAGUGUAGUCUUAAGUCUUAAAACUCCCUAAUUUGUCAGGCUUUGACAGGAUAAUUUUGGCUCAUGAUAUUUAAGGCCAUCUUUAAGUUGAAUACUGUUCUCAAAAGUCAAAUCUAUCUUCAUAAGCCUCUGAACAGUCCUCAUCAACACCUCGAGAUGCUUCUUUGGCUGUCUUCCCUGAAAAGGAAAAACAAUUGUGUCUCAACAUGAUUCCACUACUUCACUGCAUAGCCUCUGGCGCCUCUCACUGUCACCAGGGCAACGUCCGUUUCUUUAUUUAUCCUUCCUCCACAUCUUGUUUAAUGGGGUGUUGUUGAAAUGACAGUGAGAGGAAUAAUAUGUCACUGAGAGGUCCAGUUUGCUUUACGCCUGUAGAGUCCAAACAUUUCAGCACAGCGUUGUAUUCCUUGUUGAAUAUCUUGUAUUGGCUGUUGAUGAAAAUGUUUUGUCUUUCUGACAGUUGUAGUUCAUUGAAUUCCCUCUAAACUGGAGACAUUAUACUUGAUCAGUCUUGAACGAGUCAGAUUUUUGGAAUUCAUGCAAAUUCAGCUGAUUUCUGAACUUUCUUUUUUUGCAAACUAGUAGUUUGGCUGAUCUCCACAACUUUACACAAUUUUGGCCUCCUUGAUUUUAAAAUAGACUGGAGCAAAUUCACUUCUAUUGAUCCCUUAGGUCUGCAAUGUUGCACAAACAUCAACGGAUAAAAUUUACCAUGCUUACAUUAUAGGGCUGGGCAAUAUGGCCUCAAAUCAAUAUCAAAUUAUAUUAAGCAGUUCACCUCGAUAACGAUAAAUGGAUGAUAACUACUCCACAUGCUGCUCUUUCCCUCCCACAUUAACUUUGUCUACUUCAGCCACUACAACUUUUGAACCAUCCUCAAUCUCCUCACCUUUUUUUGUUACGGACUGGAUGGGGUGAAGUCACGUCUCCUACGUAGGACAGCGUCUUAAAGGGACAUGAGACCAUAGCCUACUUACACACAUUCAAAACCAAUUUUUAUUCAUUUAUUUAUUUAUUUUGACACUGAAUAACCAUACAUGGGCAAAAUGAUGUCGGUAAUGGUCAUAAAUUUCAGUAUCUGUACAUUUUUGGUAUAUCGCCCAGUCCUAUCAUCUACCAAAGGUGAGAAAAGUGUCGACAAAAACUCAAAACUUGGCAUCAUUUAUUUCAUGUCGAAGUUGGUGUCAGCUCAGCAAACAACCCCCACCAGACAUUAGGUUUGUUGAAAAUUUCGUUAUCGGUAAAUUUUCGGUUUAUCACCCAGCCCUACUUAUAUAUCAGUCUUUGGGCUGUUCACUUGAACUCAUGGUAGAUUUUGAUGAUGAACAAGGUCAGAUUUACAGCUCUUGCAAGCAGCUUUUUUGUGUAACAGUGAAGGUAAUGUGGUCCUUGACUUGAGAAAUUUUGCAGCACAAUGAUCUUUUAUUAGCUGCAGCUGAUUUGUAUCUGUUUUGUUCACCUGUUGCUUCCUGUUGUUGAUUUGCAUGCAUCACUCUCAGCAAAAAAGUAGCAAGGAUGUGAGCAAUAAUAGCUGGAAAAUUUAUCUCAAGUCAUGAAAACAUGCAGGGUGAUGUGCCUGACUAAUUCAGCAGCUAAUGGUGUCAUCAUUUUAUCCAUGUUUCAGUGUUGAAACUGUUAGCUGUCCUCUUUGCCACUUCCUCUGGCUAAAUAAUGCUCUGUGAUGAUGAGUGUAUCCUCUGUCAACACAGAUUUCAUUCAAACUUUUCCACUCUGUUUGAAAUUUAAGUCAUCAUGAAUAGUUUUUAGAUGAUCCUUGUACUGUUUGAAGUUUGAAUGUGUAAUGUGCCGCUUCAAUAGGAUCCAAUACCCUAUAUGGAAAUUGACUGGAAGUGAUGUCAGAGGACAAAGAGCUUGGUCAGCCAGUAGAUAGCUUGUAGUAGAGCCGCUGUGUAGAGGUCAUGGUUUACACAAAAUAUAAUCCACAAAACACGACAGUUUACAAAAUCUGCUGGGGAACAGGAAUUUGUUACUGCUGCUGCUGCUACGACCACAAAAAAAGUCCUGCAAAACCCUGGAGGCACUGAUUUAUGAUUCUUUGUGGUGCACAUUGCUCUUAUAGACACUAAACACGAGGUCACUGACAUGUUUGAAAUCAAAUGUCUCUCUAUAGCAGUUCAAUGCUCUAGCUAUUGCUUUGCACAGAAAUGUGGACUCACUGUCCAGGACAUAAACUGCACAUAUGACCUGCCACAGCUGAGUCCAGCUGUCCCACCUCUGUAAACAAUCAAAGUGUUUGCCUGUGAUCAGUGAAGUGAGAGACAGGCUUGAAUGCAGGCAGCAGUUCACUCAGAGAGCUUCGAAACAUGUUGUGGUUUGUAGGGGUGUUACGGUCUGUCUCGCUUCAAGUCAGCUGUAGCCUGACUGACUAAUGGUUGUGAUCAUUUUCAUUCCAGGAGACUUAAUUAGCCAAAUUUAUCAAACUUAAUUUCACUCCCAUUGAAAAGAUUUCAUCCUGCUGGAGUUUGGAUUAGAAGUUGCUAUGAAACAAUGUGUAUGAAUGAUAACAGCAAUCAGCCUAAUACUGAACAAUUACACAAGCACCUCUUUCUAACUGAAACAGGGGUAUGUGAAAAUGAAAUGUUUAUGCAACUAAAUACAUGAUUAAUUGGACUCUUGUUGUGUAAAUGUUGUCUGAGAUGUAUCUCUGCUGUUUGAUGUUUAGUCACAGCUUAUGUCCCUUUAGCUCUUUAGACCUACAGUAGAACAGAUGUACUGCUAAGAAAUGACUAAUGGCAAAGUGCAUGGGAUCAAUAUACAAGUCAUCCUUCUUGUUGGCUGAAAAUGGGUUUUGGAAGGAAAUAAGAAAGGAGGGAAAGAAGCACCUGCGGUUUGUGAGGUUUUCUCUGUAUCCGCUUUAUCUUGACACGCCCACACUGUUGAGGUAACGCAGCUUCAAUUUCUGCGACUUUUGAGACACACUAAGACAUUGUGGUCCUUAAGUCGAAGUCAGUACUUCCUUAAAAUGAUCUGGUCUUGAUUUCAGUUUUGUCUUUGUAAUGUAGUCUUAAUUGUUUUUAAUGAAAUCAUUUGUCUUUAUCAAACAUGCUACACAUGAUAAUACCUGCAGCUGGUAUGCAAGUUGUAAUUUCUUGGCAGAGGAAUGCGGCACAGCAGCAGUAGCUGAACGCUGCCUCAGAGGAAAUGACUUGCACACAGGGACUGACUUCAUGACACAGUGAAAUUAUCUGCCAGCCCUGGGGUGGGGUGGAUCAUUUCCUGUAUUGUCGUGCUCGUGGGGAGAUCCUCGUGCGUGUGGACGUGUACGUGCACACGCACUCAGCAACCCCUCUCCACCCCCCCGGGCGUGUGUAUUUUUUUUCCCUUAAAUAGUAGUUUUGUGUGAGGUCAGUCCUUUAAUGGGGAAGGGAAGUUGAUAUGAUGAAACAAGAGUGUGCAGCUAGUGCAGACCGACUGCAGCCGAGCGGAGAAGGAUGGAGAGAGCAGGAAGAAAGGCAGAUAAGAAGAAGAAGAGUGAGUCCAGAGGAAAAGGACAAAAGAGAGAGACGAGAGACGUGAGGGGGGACAUGAAACAGAAUGUGCCAUCUUGUUGGGUGUCAUAAAGAUAGGAGAGCAAGAACAGAGAGAGAAAGAGAGAGGACAGACAUGUUUGAUAGAAAGCAGUUCUGGCCACUGGGUCAGAUGGGGGCUGCUGUGUCCUUUGCGAGCUUGGUCCACUCUUUUAAAGUGUUCCUCAUUGACCGUUCAAGAAUGUAUGCCUGAAACAAACUGAUAGAUGACUUCCUUAUUGUUAAACACUGCAACAAUUAGAGGCUCUGUCUGCAUCAGUCCAAAUGUUUCCCUCUCAUAACCCCAGGUCAGACUAUGUAUGGCUAAUUGGCUAAUCAUAAAAUCACAGAGCGCUGCAGUAAGUCAAAUGCUUUUAAAGCUCCUGUGAGGAGAUAAAAUGGACUGCAAUGCAUCUCUACGAUGUCUAAAAGUGAAUGAGACCAUUAAUGAUGAGAGUGACAAUUUCUACACAGUAAUAAUCACAGUAAGUAAUAUUCACUGUCAAAUGUCAACAACAGGAGAUUUUUAUUUUUGUCAGUUAGAAGGAUGAGCUGAAAGGAUCAAAGAGCCUGAGAUUGAUACGUAGCCUCCAGACAGUCCAAAUAUUCAUGGAGAUUUUUAGAAGUUCAACAAAAAGUUAUUAAAAGUUUUAGUGAAAUUUUAGUCUCUGGACUUUUUCAAGUUUUUCAUCUUAUUUUCACACAUUUUUGCAUGUCCACUAACUCAGAAUCUGAAACAAGCCGACCCAGUUUUUCAUUCAUGGUCUGUCUAUGUCUGAAAACACACAAGCUGAUGGUUUGUUCAGGAUCUGCUGUCUUUGACAUCACAAGGAGAGUAACUGUGAUAAUACCUGACCCCUCAGCUGGUAUCUUCAUCCUCGCUUUCUGAGCCAUAUGGGAGUUCAACUUUCGGGAAGUCCACCUUUGACUUUAUCUUUAAGAGAUACUCACCAAAAGCAAGCCCUCUGAGAAAGGCUGUUUCCUUUAGUCGACAGGGGACUGUGUUCAGUUAUCAAAGGGGUACAUUAUGUCUCCUGUAAGUUACAUUUUACCAGUGCAGGUUAUGCCAUGUUGGUAUUAAUAUUCUUUGAGUAUGAGUACAUCAGCAUUGUUAAGCCUGUUUAGAUGUUUUAUUGAUAAUAAUGUUUGUAGUUCACUGUUUGUAGUAAAUCAAUCAGUGUUAGCCUCUUUGGUUGAAAUUUGUGGCACUGAUACUGAUGCAAAGACAGGUAGGGAUGUCUCAAUCUGAUAUUGAUAUCGGAUACCGGUCUGAUAUCAGAAAAAAAACCAAAUAUCGGAUUGUAUUGGCCAUCAUCUAAGAUCUCUGAUACAAGCAGUCCAUUCCAGACUCCACUCCAGCACCUCUAUCCAGCAGCACCUGGAUCCAUCAUGCAGAGCCCACGUGAUUACAACAACAGUGUGUACUAUAGUACUAAGGUACUAACAAAGUAGUAAGGAGUAGGGGUGAUGUCAGCUGUGUGGCAGUAUUUUUGUCGAAAAAAGGCCUUGCAGUUGAGUGCAAAACUUGUCAUGCACAAGUUUGUGUCAAUAUCGGAUCAGUAUUGGUAUCGGUCCAUGCCUCCACCGUUAGCUGAAGUAGUCAUUGUCUAUGAGAACAUGCGACGUGUCGACGCAUUUUUUUUUUUUGCAUCAACGAAUUUUUGCAGUCGAUUACGUCGAUGAAUCGCCCCAGCCCUAAUCGUAUCAGAUGUAUAAAAGUUGUAUCAGGACACUCCUAAAUAUAGGUACAAGGUUUAGGUUAAUAGAAAACUUGCUGGUAGCUUAAGCUGCAAUGAUCAAUUCGUUGGAAGGAAAUUAUUGCAAAUGAUUGUUUUUUUUUUUUUUGUUCAGAAUUGAUAAUAAAACUGAAUGUUUUGGUGUUUGUACAAGUUAUCAAAGCUUUUCUUCUGAUUCCUGCUGAGUAUUUUUGGAUGGAUGAAUGUGAUGAAUGUUUUUGCAGCUUUCUCGCAUUUUAAGAACUAUACAGAAAUAAAAAAGCAGAUUAAUCAGUAAUGACACUCACUGAUCCUAUUGUAUGUUUUGAAUGGUUGCAGGAUGUAAACCAGGUCCUCUGUAAUUUCUGUUUUCAUUCAUGGAAGCCUAACCAGGGGGCAGGGGUUGCAAAUUAGCCAUGGCUAGAUGCCUGUAAACACAGCAUCUGCUUAUACUGUGCAAUGGCUCAUGCAUUUGUCUCUGUCAAAUAAACUAGUAAGUACACAAACAAGAGUUAGAGCAAAGGUUUGAGAGGGGUUUGCUAAAAAAAGGUAAUACAUCAGAUAUAUAGUUCCUCACAUGCAAGAAAGGACGGACAGAAAAAUAAAAACAUUUGCAGGCUGUGUGUCCGUAAAUACAGCUGAACAACAUUUUUACUGCAGUUCAACUCAACUUUUCCAUUCAGGGCAUAUUUAUAGAACCAGAUCUACUUAUUAAUAGCAUCAGAUGUCAUGUCCUUUAUGAACGCCGGUCAUAACCUCUAAAAAAAGCUUGUUCUUGCUUUUCACAGCAUUAGUCUGAGGCGAUCAUUGAGGAACCAUGGCUGUGGUUUGCAGUGUUUCUAACUGUGCCUACGUAGUGCGUGGAGGUGACUUAUUCUCUCUCAGACAGACUGAUGUCAAAGAGCCACUGUAACGGUGUGUUCAUCAUUCAUCAGCAGAUGAAUAUCUCUGACGGAAUCAAGCAGACUGCAGCUGAUGGAGGGAUUACUCAUUCCCUUUCUCUCUCCCUCUCUCUCUCGGUCCUUGUUAAGGAACAAAGCCUUCAGUUAAAACUGUUCCCUCAUCACCGCUUCAUGUUGCUGUCUAUUUAUCUAGUCUGCCAACUCUGUUACUGUUAAUAGAAACACUUGGGUGAAACUGUUUGUUUUCAGUCAGACCUACUUUGUUGCCGCGCUGAUGUAUAAAUUCACAGAGAGCAAAAUUUCCUCACAAAUGCAGACCCUGAAGUUUGUACGUAUUUAAGUGGAAAUGCUGAUGAAGCAUUUCCACUUAUUGUUAUUCCUGUCAGCCAUUUUUCUUUAUUAUUAAUAUUCUUCUGCCGUAUUUCGUCCGCUUUCUUCUCCUUCAUACUUUGUGCUAUUUCAACCGUUCAAACUUAAUACUAUUCCACUCCUUCAGGACAUCAUGGCUUGUAUUUUUUUUCCUUUCUACCCUUUACACUUUUUCUUUUUCAUUUUCCUUUUCAUUGGUUCAGUUGUAAGAAAGUUAUUGUACUUAAAGUGUGAAAAUCAUUCGGCCAUCAAACACACCUCACAAAGCCUCUUAAUGCAGCAGGAUAAAUUAUUAGAAUUUGAUUAACAUGCCUGACUUGAUAACAACUGAGUCAAAUUUAAUACAAACACUGAUUAUUUUGAGGCUGUUUGAGCAUCAAUCUAAAAGUCCUGCUUGUCACUGACUGCUGAUGAGCUUCGGACAGAUAAAUCAGUACUUCUUGCUUCCUCACCAACCAGCUGCUACGUUUGCAGGCACCACAAUGACUCACUCUGAUUCAACGUUUUAUGAUCCUUCAAUGUAAAGCUUGUGUCAUAACUGGUGUCUGUUGCAUUACACUUACUGACAGCACUUUAACUUAGAGGGAAAAAAAGUGUUAAAAGACGCUGGGAGCUGUGUGAUUACACAACAUCAUUGAUUACAACACCACAAAGUUGACUGCAGUCACACUAACGUCAUUGCAACUGGACAGACGGAAACACAGAAAACAGAAGCGUCCUGUUUCUGCCGGUUUACCCGGUCUGCGCAGUAGUUCCAGUAUGAGGAUGUAUUCAACAUGUAAAAUAAGCCUAAGAGAGAAAAACCUUCUGGAUGAACCGUACCUGCAUGCAUGAGCAGUUCUUCCUGCUUUCCUGUCUAUUCUGUACACAUGUCAUACACUCGCCAUUGUGUUGUCAGCAGUUCCUGAAAACCAUUGUUUGCAGAUGUUGACGUAUAAAACUCUGCAGUAUCUGUGAAUUAAUUAUGCCUUCUUUUUAAAAAAAGCUGGCACUCAUAUACUUCUGUUUCAGUUUGAUCAAAUCCUGCACUAUGACCUGGUAUCACAAAGGUCUUUCCCACACGCUCACAGUUAUUUCAUAUCUUUGAGUUUAAAACCACCACCGCUUUUUUAGUGCGGCGCAUGAAAGCCUGAAAAUAUCUGUGGAGGCUGCUGCACUUUGAUCCAAGUUUUCUGUUGGUCACGACUGAUGAUGGAUUGUUCUUUCUGUCUGUGUAGGACUCCAUCAACGCCCUGGUCUUGGACUUGGACUACCCUGCACUACGCAAGAACAAAAACAUUGAAACCUUCUUAAACAGAUGUAAGUAGUCAGAAGAAAGUAAGGCGAGGGGAGAGGAGAUGUGUUUUUUGUUUUAAAAGUUGAUUUUUCACCCUCAUAUAUUCUUUGUUGUCUUUGUGCUCAGAUGAGAAAGUCGUAGGACAAACUCGUGACCUCCAGAUGAAGUCUGAAGACUUCGACAGAGUUAAAGUGAUCGGCCGAGGGGCAUUUGGUGAAGUCCAGCUGGUGAGGACUCCCGGAUUAUACCUAAUCUAAUAAAACUAUCACUGUAAAGGAGUCAUUCACUCAUUUAUUAGUUGUUAUUUCAUUCAGUGAGGGCACCCAAAAGUGUCUUCUUAAUCUUAAUAUCUGGGUCUCUAUCUAGGUCCGCCAUAAAAUCUCUCAGAAGGUCUACGCCAUGAAGCUGCUGAGCAAGUUUGAGAUGAUCAAGCGCUCAGAUUCUGCUUUUUUCUGGGAAGAGAGGGACAUCAUGGCCUUUGCCAACAGUCCCUGGGUUGUGCAGGUAUGAAGUUCAUCAUCAUCCAAUCCGUGUAUCUCUCCAACUGAAAUACGAGAGAUCAUUGCUGCUAUGCCAAAGCAGAGAUCCCUCAGUAAAGUGAUGCUUUGGUUUUUCAGUUGUGCUGUGCCUUCCAAGAUGAGCACUACCUCUACAUGGUGAUGGAGUACAUGCCAGGAGGUGAUCUGGUCAACCUCACCAGCACUUAUGACGUGCCGGAGAAAUGGGCCAAGUUCUACACAGCAGAGGUUGUGAUGGCUCUGGAUGCCAUUCACUCCAUGGGCUUCAUCCAUCGUGACGUCAAGCCAGACAACAUGCUGCUGGAUAGACUCGGACACCUCAAGCUGGCCGACUUUGGAACAUGCAUGAAGAUGGACCAUGUGAGUAUAAUAACCCAUCAUCCAAACAUCAGGGAUGCAGGGGAAGAAGGCUGUUUUUGUUGAUUUAAAGUAGUGUUGCUAACAGAGUGACUGAAUAUGAACAUUGUUGAGAAAGAAUUGUUAUGGCCUGAAAUACCUUAAACUGAGAGUGAGCAGUCAUCACAAGGUUUGUCCUCUUAUCGAGACGGAUGAUUACAACAUCUCUGUCUAUCAACCCACCCACCACCCAAAUGUUCUGUGAUUUCUAACUCUGUCUGUCUGUUCCCCCCGUCUGUCAUAUCUUUAAUCUCUCCUGUUUCUAUCACUUCUUUCUUUUCCUUCUAUCUCUAUAUGCCUUUCUUUUAGAUUGUCUGCAUGUUAUUUUCACCUUACUUUCUUUAUCCAUCUUCAUCCCAUCUGUUCAUCCGCUAUUCCAGCUCUUCCUCUGCUCACUCAUCUAUUUCUCUAUCUGUAUGUAAAACAUGCUUUUUCCCUCUCUUUAUGACCUGGAUUAUGUAAAUCUAAUCAAUAUUUUGCUAUGUAAUUACCGUUACUCCUCAAAUAAAAAACAUAGCUUUGAUUUGUUUUUACUGCAGAAAAUGUUGGGCUUUUAUAUGAAGCAGGCCUUGACAUCAAACUCGCUCUGCUUUCGAAGUAUAAUUGUUUAUAUGCCUCUACAAAGUGAGGAUUUGAUUCAUUCAUUACACCCACUAAACUGUGUAUACCAGCCGUAAUGACCCACUCUUUGUUCAGGGAUGGUCAGAAGCUCCACAAACUAAAAGACCCCAAAAUCAGGCAACUGGACUCUGUAGAGUACACACAGUCCAGUUGCCUUAUUUUGGAGUCUUCAGGAAAACCAUGACCUGGAUGAAUGAGAAUCUACAUGGACAUAUUGGACUCCACAAACUGCACUGCUGAGCAAAUAGGACCACUGUGCACUAGGGAUGGACGAUAAAUUAUCGUUAACUAUUUAUCAUCAGAAAAAUCCUCCACAAUGAUUUUUUUGCCAUCUCACAAUGAAUGCGAUAAACGCAAGUUGACAACGUAAGCGCGAGCAAUGGACUCACAGCCGCAGCCCACACAGAGGAGAAUAACAAACAAACAUGGCCGAAGUUGGUGAAGUUUGGGAUGGUGGUGGAGGCACUGUGAGAAUCACCUUCUUUGAUUUCUCCAGUGCUUUUAACACCAUCCAGCCACUGCUGCUGGGUGAGAAACUGCGGGUGAUGGGUGUCAACCAUAGACUGUAUAUACUAUGGACAACCUGGUUCCGCCUACCGCCUGUAUACGGAUUUGAAGCAAAUCCGUAUACAGGCGGAUUGAAUGUAUUGAAUGUAAACACUCCCAACCAGUUUUCCCCUCAGCUCCUCCUCUCCCCUCCCUCUCUGUGCCAGCAAGCCCCGCCCACAAACAGACGCUCCUGCUCGCUCGUAUCAUUCUAAUUAAAAUCAGAUAUAUUGCAGGUAAAUACUUCAGAUGAUUACAAAUGGGGCCCAGUCAAUGUCUAUCUAUUUAUCUAUUUUCUAGUCAAUGAAAGUAAAAAGCAUUGGUGCUACUGUAGAUGCCAACAGACUACCAGCAAACACAAUGUUUCCAGGACUUCUGCAACUAGGAGUACCAUCUAAGUACCAUCCAAGAAAAAGGAUUGUGCGGUUCUCGAGACAGAAUGAGUCAAAAAACAUGGAUUGGAAUUUAAUAUUUUUUAAUUCAGGUCUUUAAUCAUUUUCAUACGAAAGAGGAUAAGGGCCACAUGAAGAGAAAAAAAAUAAUUACAGGAAGGGGAUUAAAAUCAAAAUUUCGAGAUUAAAAAAUUGAAAUUAUGUCAAUGAAAUCCAAAUUUGGAGAUUACGAAAUGUUGUGAAUAAUGUAGAAAUUUCAAGAUUAAAAUAAAUGAAGAUUUGACAUUUAACUGGAAAUUUCAAGAUUAAAGUCAACAUAUAUUAAGUCAAAAUUUCUUCUUUUUUGAAUUUUGACUUUAAUCUCAAAUUUCCACUUUAAUUUUGAAAUGGAAAUCAAAAAAAUGACCCUCCUGUAAUUAUUUUUUUCUGUUAUCGUGGCCCUAAUCCUCUUUCGUACCUUCAACAGAAUUGCAAAACUUAUUGUGAUUAAUUUCUUAGCCCAUAUCACCCAUCCCUACUGUACACCCAUGUUGGUUGUAAAUACAUAAAUGGACCAUUCUUCAUUUAUUUGCAGCAAAAUAUGUCCAAGCCUCAUUACAAAAGCCCAUAAACCACUAACUGUCGGGCUACCUGCCACACUCAGUUAACAGUCUGGCCAUCUGUGGGUCAAUCCCUGUUCAUACAGACUCUUACAGACACACAACUGACUGUGUCUUUCCCAUCCAAAUGAGCGGCUCUCUGCUAGCUAGCUCCAGGUGAUAAGCUGGAUACAAAACAAGAGAUUUGUGUCACAUCUGUCAUGUAUCGACGGCACAAUAAAAUGAGGUCUGUCUCUCUCUUUCCUCCUCAUCAUAUAUGUGGACAGAAUUUAGUGCUGUCAGAAUGAGAGCAUUCAGCCUUGGCCAAUAAUUGGAAGCUGGCCUCUAUUUACUUAAAAAGGACAUGACCCCGACUGUUAAAGGGGGCCCAGCUGCAGAUUUAAUACUGGUCUUUAUUUGAGGAUUUGCAGCAUGUCCUUCUAUUUCAUUCAGUCACUUAUAAUGGAGGAUAGCACAACUGAUGCCAGGCUCUGAAUUCUCAUGCUGAAUGUGACUCACAGGCUCACUGUACAAAAUGUGCUACUGUUUGCACAGCAUAACCACAUUAUCCUGCAUAUUUGGCAGGGGUAAUAGUUAAGUAAGUGUGAUAAAUUUGUCUCCAGCAAACCUCCAGUGUUUGAUUUUGGAGUCAGCUGUAACUUAAUACUUUAUUUCUGCUGAUGAAAAGUUUUAUAAACUUGUACAUUUGGAUAAAUAGACAGAAAACUAGAUUUUAGACUCUUCUGUCAACAAGUCCUGCUGAAGUGAUACGGGAUAUUGACCCCAGGAUUUGUUUUGCAGACUGGCAUGGUGCACUGUGACACAGCUGUGGGGACUCCAGACUACAUCUCUCCAGAGGUGCUGAAAUCCCAAGGAGGAGACGGGUAUUAUGGAAGAGAGUGUGACUGGUGGUCUGUGGGGGUCUUCAUCUUUGAGAUGCUCGUUGGUAAGUGAACGCUGAACGAUUCUUCACUGGCUUUAUAAAAGUAGAGGGGCCUCCUAAAAAUAUCUCCAUUAAAAGUGUUGAUUUCUCCUUUAUUUUACUGUUAAUGAAUGACACGAAUGAUCUCAGUGUUUAUUUGAGUAAGUCACAAGUGCUUUUGAAGACAGCUGAAGCUCUGUAAAUCCUGCUAGGUGACACACCGUUCUACGCCGACUCCCUGGUGGGAACCUACAGUAAGAUCAUGGACCAUAAAAAUUCCCUCAACUUCCCAGACGACGUUGACAUCUCCAAAGAUGCCAAGAACAUCAUCUGUGCCUUCCUGACUGACAGGUACAGAGAGUUACAGUUUGUGCUGCCAUACGGUCUCCUUAUAUAACGUGUUGAUGCCUCUGAGAUGCACACAGCCCACUUGUGCUUUUUCUCCCAGGCUGACCUGACUGUAUAGACUGAUAUUUUCACAUAAAGAUGAUUCCUCAGGAUUGUUUAACAUCCAAAUCACCUUAUAUCAUUAACCUCUGUAUUCAUAGCUGAUGAUGAGUGUUAACAUAGCUAAAGACUCAGUCUGUCUAACAGGCCAAAUGAAAUACAAAAGUUAAGCACCACGAUUGUUCACUUUCAGAUUUAUUAUGGCUCACAUCAUAGGACUCCAAUAACCUGAGAGGGUUGUAGCUGUGCAUGAGUCUGACAAACUUCCUAUCAGUUGGCCAUGUUUUCCUGCUGCUGCUGCUGAAGACAAAGGACAGAUUUAGUGCCAUAGCGGUGUGAACAUAUGGAGGAAAACCCUCAUAAAACUACAACUUCCACUCUCAAGACCAAUUUUUAGACUUUUUAAAUUGGAAUUAAAGAUAAACCAAACUUUCUUUAAAUAAAACAAAAGACAUUGUUGAUUUGAACACCUUCAAAAUCAUGAUAUCAAUGUGUGUUAAAAUUUAUUUGUCACAUUUAAAUGGAAUAUAAUGUUGUCACAUGUCUUAAUGAAGCACUUUCUGUGUUGGUAUUUCAGUAUAAUUAAAUAACCUGCAGUCUAGCAGAUGGGUGAGGGGUCUGCUGAUGGGUAUAGCUUCAAAAACAUACUCACGCACUUUUUAAGAUGAUCUAUUUGUGUCUCUCUUCUUCAAUUGAUCAAUCUUUAUUUAUACAGGGCCAGUUAACAACCAAUGUUAUCUCAGGAUGCUUUACAAAAAGAGCGGGUCCAAACCAUACUCUUAAUUUUACGAUGUACAAAGUAUGAUCUGAGUCGCUGACAUUCUACCUUAAUGUACCAUGAGUGUAAAAUAAAAACUUCCCUUAGCAGUCUUCUACUGAGGCUGAACUGGGUUUAGAGAGGGGGAUGGAGAAAGAGAGAAAGCGAUAUCUGAGGAUAUCACACUUAAUGACUCUUAAUUUUUGGCAUUUUAAUGGUUGUUAAUAUUAUUUUUGCUGCAUUUGUGACUUUUGUCUCAAAAAUAGAUGUCAUUACUCUUUCUCAGCUGUGAUUUUUCCCACAUUGCUCUACUCUGCUCUGGUCACCAUGUCUAUUUAGUUUUUCAUCCUCCUGGUCCUUCAUUAGUAAGUCACGACUGGUUUCAGUCAUGAGGGGUACACCUGCUUUAGAGAUCAGUAGUACCAUCCCCUGUUGGAGCAAAAUUGGCAUUUAAUCAUCACACCUUGGAUAUGAGGCAGUCCCACUUGUUCCAGAUGUAUUUUGAUGGGGAAACUGUCUGAUUUUAAGAUCAGUUUGGGAAUCCCUCCUUGACUCUUCUUUAUUUUUAGGGAUGUACGAUUGGGCAGAAAUGGCGUCGAGGAGAUCAAACGCCAUCCUUUCUUCAAGAACGACCAGUGGACCUUCGACACCAUCAGAGACUGUUAGUAUCACAUCUCAAGGAGCUUUACCUGAACUAAUAAAACAAGUCCGUCUUUAGACUUACACUGUAAAUAGCUGCAGCAACACUCCUCCUCCUAAAAGCAUUUCUUUGUUUUUGUACUUACUUUUCUUUCUCCUCUCCUCUUUUGCUCAGCUGUUGCCCCCGUGGUCCCAGAGCUUAGCAGUGACAUAGACACUAGCAAUUUCGAUGAGAUUGAGGAGGACAAAGGGGAUGUGGAAACUUUCCCCACACCAAAAGCCUUUGUCGGAAAUCAGCUGCCUUUUGUGGGCUUCACCUACUUCAAAGAAGAUCAGUAAGUUGUGGGCCAUUGCAAAUCUGGAGGAAAAUGACCCAUCGAUGAUACAUUUCCUAUUAGCUGUUAUCUCUGCUCUGCGUUUAUUGUCUUCAUUUUCUUCUGCAGGUUACUCAGUCCUUCAAACAACAUCUCUGUGGCUCAUGACAACUCAAAAGGAGAGGUGGGUGAUUUAACAUUCACACACAGUAGUAACCUGAGAGAAAAUAAAGGUGUUAGUUUACCAGAUCAGACAGAACAGGCCUGCUGAUGUUGGGAUCAGUCCUGCUUCAUAUUCUAAGAAGUUAAAGAUAAUUAUAGAAAUGACUUUAAGGACUUUUUUUCUCUGAUCCCAUGAUUUAUUAGUACUUUGUUUGAAUUUCAGUGGUCUUAGCCACACAGCAAUACUUAAGCGGCUUGCAGCAUAAGAAGCUAAGCUAAAAGCUAAUCUCUCACUUACUUCAGCUUUAAUUGAUCAGCCUACACAAUCUGCUGCGACUUAACAAGGAGACAACAAAGGCCCUGGAUGUAUUUCAGAGUAUCUUAGUGUUUCAUUGACUCUCAGGGUUAAUCACUUUUGUUCCUGCUGAAGUAAAACCUUUGGUCAUUUUUUUAAGCGGGCCAAUCCUGCAUGCUUGAGUCAGAAAAUUUUCUUUAACUAUUAAAUCUGUCUGUAUAGAUAGAGAUAUUGAUAAAUGUUUUUUUUCCCAACAUGUUCUGAUGAUGGCUGAUGUAUCCUUUCUAAGAAUUUACUGGAUUGAGUAAAAGUUAAUGUAGCUUGAAAAAUUUGAUUUUCCUGAAAAGACCCCCCCCCACAAAGUAGUGCUGUUAUGUCAGCUGUUAACAGGUACUGUAAGAAAUUUAUUCAGAGAACUAACUGUGCAGAAUAAGCUUCCUUUCUUUUAUAUCCACUAGGGCUGGACGAUUAUGGCAAAAAUAAUAAUCACGAUUAUGUACACUUCUAUUGAAAUUACAAUUGAUAAACACCAUUAUUCAUUGAUUUCGAAACUUAAAUAUUUAUUGAACCAACAAAACUUAACUUUAAAUAUAACUUGAAGAAAAGACAGAAAUAAAUUAGAAAUGAGUGAACAAGAAGAAAAAAAAAACAGCUCUGUGAUGAUCUCCGACGAUAACUUGCUCAUGGUAAUACUCUGUGUGCGUGUGUUCCGCCGUGCAGCGCCCAUGUGCAUGCACAUAAACUGAUACAUAAGAGUUAUGUAGAGCCAAGUUAGAGCCACAUAAAUAAAAAAAGAACAAACUAAUUUUGAAGGUAUGCCGCCUUUUGUUUUGCUAUGGCAGUGUGCCAUGGUCAAUAGCAUAUAGGGAAAACCCAGAAGUUGGUCAUGUUGCUGUGGGGAGCAGACACAACAGCAUGAUAAACUUUGCAAACAAUUUCCUUUUGCUCCAUCAGUUCGAAGCCAAAAUUUUUCUAGCUAACUGAAGUUGUCCUGCCUUUCUUCCUAACCAAAGGCUGCCUUUCUGCCAUGUUUUCAAUCACUCACUCCUCAUAAUAUUGAUCCACACACGCUUGCUGUAGCUGCAUGUAACAUGGGUGCAUUCAAGGUGUUUUUCCAGCACAGGAACUUACAUACAUGCUGUGCCGUGCGGUGCAUUAAUCAUUUUUCUUCGUUUGAAAUGUUAUUUAUGAUCAUGAGAAGCCAAAAUAGAAAUCAUGAUUAAAAUUGUUCAGCACUAAUAUCUGCAUAUGACACAAAACCCAAUUCCAAUGAAGUUGGGAAGAUGUGUAAAUCGUAAAUAAAAAUGGAAUACAAUUAUUUGCAAAUCCUUUUCAACCUACAUUCAAUUGAAUCCACUAAAAGAAAACAUAAUUAAUGUUCAGGCUGAUAAACUUUAUUGUUUUUUUGCAAAUAAUCAUUAUUAACUUUAGAAUUUGAUGGCAGCAACACGUGACAAAGAAGUUGGGAAAGGUGGCAAAAAAUACUGAGAAAUUUGAGGAAUGCUCAUCAAACACCUAUUUGGAACAUCCCACAGGUGAGCAGGCUAAUUGGGAACAGGUGGGUGCCAUGAUUGGGUAUAAAAGCAGUUUCCCCAAAAAUUCUCAGUCAUUCACAAGCAAGGAUGGGGCGAGGUUCACCACUUUGUGAACAACUGCAUGAGCAAAUAGUCGAACAGUUUAAGGACAAUGUUUCUCAAUUGCAAGGAAUUUAGGGAUUUCAACAUCUACGGUCCAUAAUAUCAUCAAAAAGUUCAGAGAAUCUGGAGAAAUCACUGCAUGUACGCAGCACGGCCGGAAACCAACAUUGAAUGCCUGUGACCUUCGAUCCCUCAGGCGGCAGUGUAUCAAAAACCGACAUCAAUGUGUAAAGGAUAUCACCACAUGGGCUCAGGAACACUUCAGAAAACCACUGUCAGUAAAUACAGUUCGCCGCUACAUCUGUAAGUGCAAGUUAAAACUGUACAAUGCAAAGCGAAAGCCUUUUAUCAACAACAUCCAGAAACACCGCCGGCUUCUCUGGGCCCGAGCUCAUCUAAGAUGGACUGAUGCAAAGUGUUCUGUGGUCUGACGAGUCCACAUUUCAAAUUGUUUUUGAAAUUAGCGGACUCUGUGUCCUCCAGGCCAAAGAGGAAAAGAACCAUCUGGACUGUUAUCGACGCAAAGUUCAAAAGCCAGCAUCUGUGAUGGUAUGGGGGUGCAUUAGUGACCAAGGCAUGGGUAACUUAAACAUCUGUGAAGGCAACAUUAAUGCUGAAAGGUACAUACAGGUUUUGGAGCCACAUAUGCUGCCAUCCAAACAACGUCUUUUUCAUGGACGCCCCUGCUUAUUUCAGCAAGACAAUGCCAAGCCACAUUCUGCAGUCCAGACCUGUCUCCCACUGAAAAUGUGUGGCACAUUAUGAAGUGUAAAAUACAACAACGGAGACCCCGGACUGUUAAACAACUGAAGCCGUACUUAAAGCAAAAAUGGGAAAGAAUUCCACCUUCAAAGAUUCAACAAUUAGUCUCCUCUGUUCACAAACAUUUAUUGAGUGUCGUUAAAAGGAAAGGUAAUGUAACACAGUGGUAAACAUGCCCCUGUCCCAACUACUUUGGCAUGUGUCAAAGCCAUGAAAUUCUGAGUUAAUUAUUAUUUGCAAAAAAAAAAUAAGGUUUGAGUUUGAAAAUUAAAUAUCUUGUCUUUGUAGUGUUUUCAAUUGAAUAUAGGUGGAAAAGGAUUUGCAAAUCAUUGUAAUCUGUUAUUAUUUAUGUUUAUCACAAUUUCCCAACCUUAAUGGAAUUGGGUUUUGUAGAUUGAACUAAAAUUGGUGUAUACCCUGUAUAGUAUUGUAACUGGAAGAGUAAACAUGAUGAAAGAUUCAAAUUGUAACUCCAGAGUCUUGACAAUGCAAAGCUCCUCCAUUUCCUGAUCAAAUGUCAGAAGGCAGAACAGGUUGGAAAAAGGCACAACCCAACAUCUCACUCAGGCAGCUCAACAGAGUUUAGAAAGAGUCAAUAUUUAAUCCAACUUUCCUUCCAUCAAAGGUUUUGAUAGAACGACUUUGACUUGUAGCAGCAGGAAACAGAAACAGAUCAUCAGGACCUGUGUGUCUUUUUCUCUCCACAGUCAGCAGCUCUGCAGAAGAAACUGCGCCAAAUGGAAGUUCAGCUGAACAAUGAGAAGCAGGCCAAAGAUGAAAUAGAGCACAAAUACAGGUACAGGAGCUGAAGAGACCUGAUCUGGUGUUUUGUUUUUUAUGUUUCAGUCUUGAGCUUGGCUAACAGACAUGCUAAACUCUUCAUAAUGUCCUUAUUUUGCAGGGCUACCACAGGCAGGCUGGACAAAAUCAGUAAAGAGCUGGAGGAAGAGGUAAGUGAUUCAACCUGAGAACACCUGAAAUCUGCAGCCUGGACACCUGUUUGUGUCAGAGUUUGUUUUCAUGUUUAGAUUUUAAUAUCUGAUUGUGCAGCUUCUCACUUCACCCCUGGAUGGUUGGAUAUUCUUCAUGUUUUAAUUCAGAAUAUUGAUAUUCUCAGUCUUCACCUAAAUAGUUGAAUACCAAUCUGUAAUAUUCAUGGAGGUUCAGCUGAAGUGCUCGCUGAAUCCUAACAGCCACAUUAAAAAGUCUAUUGGAGUGAGAUUACCGUUAAGCCGCUAUUAGACUCUGAGGAAUCGUUUCUCUUAAAGCGAGUUAGGGGAUUGCUGCACCAUGAAAUCAUCCUUGUAGACCAUAUUGAACACAGUAUCUGAGGAUUGUGUGUUUUUUUUUUAAGGUGAGCAGCAGGAAGAGUCUGGAGUCAAGUCUGAGGCAGCUGGAGAGAGAGAAAGCUUUGCUGCAGCACAAGAGCAUGGACAGCCACCGCAAGGCCGAGAACGAGGCGGACAGGAAGCGCUGCCUGGAGAACGAAGGUGACACACUAUACAGACGGUUCAGUAUCCUGUCCCUUUUUUUAAAUGAAGGCCUGUUUCUUUUUUAACAACAUAUCACAGGGUCAACAUGAAAAACUCAAGAAGCCAAAUCCUGUCCAUAUACUAGACUCUAACAUAGAUCUGGGAUAAAGUAUGAACUGAUAUCAGCAAAGCAAUAAGAUGAACAGAUAUUUAUAUUCAUAUACCAAUGAUUUCAAGGCUGAACCUCUGAUGGUGUAUCAUUCAUUGGUAUAUGACACGACUUCACUUAUACUUACUUCCUUAAUGACUGAACACCAGGGGAAGAAGAUCCAUCAAAACCAGUCAGAACACCAACAUGCUGGUUUCAGACCUGCUGAGAGGAGUGUUUACUGAGCUGACAGCACACAGCACAAUGACUGAUUAAAUUUGUCAUUGACUAAAAAUGGCUGAUGUGUUAUGUCUUAAAUUUUUUCCAAAACCAUGAAGUCAACACUUGCAGUCACCCUCUCUUAUUUUCACACAAUCAUGCCUCCAGUGAAGCAUCGUUUUACUCAUGACAGCUUUACUCGUGAAUUUAUUCAAAUAAAUUUGGGUUUGAAGGAGAUUUAGAUGGAAGUUUACAGUCAGACUGAUAUGAUGUGGAUAAUGCUGCCAUCACAUGGACAAAUAGACUCUCCUACACUCUUGAGUUAUACUCAUCAUGAAAAACAAGUCUGUGGGCCAGCUCUCUGUCUUUUCCUAACAGUAAACCUUUAUUUUUAUCUCGAAAUGUCUCUGAAUUUUGAACCUCCAAAUAAUAGAAACAUGUAGAAAUAGGUCAUUGCUUCCUAUCUAUUAUUCAACACCGCAAACAGAUACUGGAUAUUGUGGAGAACUGCAUAAAUAAAUUUAGUAAAUAAAUAGGUUUUGGGUGACCAUUUGAUUUGAAACUGUUUCAGUACUGAUCACUUGAUAAGAUAUUGAUUCAGUAAUAUGCAUAGAUGAUAGAAGUUACUAAAUCACUUAGAGCCGCACCUUCCAAUGUAGGUUAGAUACAGAUGAAAGAUAGUGGUUUGAUUUUUUCUACUCAGCCCUACUAGUUUGACUUUUGAGAAGUCAGAAAUAUUCUUAUUUGUAUUUUAAUGAAAUGUACAGCUGAUCACUCAGCUUUACGUUAAUACUAUUGUUUUCUCUUCUGCUUUGUUGUUCAGUGAACAGCCUCCGAGAUCAGCUGGAAGACCUAAAGAAGAGAAACCAGAAUUCACACAUUUCCAAUGAGAAGAACAUUCACCUGCAGAAACAGGUCAGUCAUCGAGCGCCAUGUUUCUGACCAAUUCCUAAUCAGUCACCUACUGACGAAAGCAAAGUAGAGCUCAAACAUAUACUUGAAGUAAGGAGAAGUCAAGAACCUUUGAUACUCAGACUCGUGUUGAUUAAACACACAUCCUUUGGAUGUCUGCAUUGCUGUUAAACAUUGCAGUCUGUAUCUUUUUCAUAUGCACCAUGGCAUUAUUUUAUAAAGUUCAUAAAAUCAGCUUCGAUCCUAAUUCUUAUAGAUUUUAAAACGAUUUCAAACACAAGAUGCAUUUAUAAAACUAGAGGUACUAAAAUUAAAACUUUGACCCUGUAAAAGUAACAAGUGUAUGUUUCCAUCUCUGUCAGCUGGAAGAAGCCAACACGUUACUGCGGGCUGAGUCUGAGGCGGCCACACGGCUCCGUAAAACCCAGACGGACAGCAGCAAGCAGCUGCAGCAGCUGGAGGCCAAUGUGCGCGAGCUGCAGGACAAAUGCUGCCUGCUGGAGCGCAGCAAGCUGAGCCUGGAGAAGGAGUGCAUCAGCCUGCAGGCGGCGCUGGAGACAGAGAGGAGGGAGCAGAGUCAGGGCUCGGAGACCAUCAGUGACCUGAUGGGUGAGUGAUGCACACACACACGCCCACAUUCAGCAGGGGAUCUGAAUGGAUGUAUUAUAUGUUAAACUGAUCAUUUGUAUGUAUUGAUCAUCAAGUUUGACAGCUUGUUGAUUCGGUGUACAAAUUCAUCUUUAGAAACAUGCACCGAUCAAUUUGGUGCAGAUUGCCUUAAUUUUGGGAGAUUGGCGAUUGGCCGAUCCUUACAAAUGAAAUCAAUCUUAUCCACCGAUCUUAUCUACCUCCGCAAAGGUCUGGGAGUCAGUCAUUGUAGCUUUUUGCUCUGUCAGACUUACAGGCCCACCCACCAGGUCAUGUGUGCAUGCAAGUGUACGUCAGCUACACAGGUAAACAACAGUCACCUGGAACAUGGUCAAGCAAGCAUGUCAUCUUAGAAACAUCAUUCAAUUGAGCACAUCAUCUAUUUGGCAGUAAAACACACAGUAAAAGAAAAAGAGCAGUUUCGCAGUUUGUAAUUUAUGCAAGGCUGAAAUAAGUUGAAAUAAGAUUAGAAGACUGAAGGUGUAUGCUGUCAGUUAUAAAAAAAAAAUCAGUAUUGGCUAAAAUCGGUAUCGGCAGAUCAGGCUUCCUUUAAGAUUGGUGAUCGAACCAGAAAAUUGUGAUUGUGCACCCUUAGAAUCUUUGCUUUUCCUUUUUAUGUUACACCAGACUCUGUUGUCCAACUUUGAUCAUUUUGAUGCUGUUUAUGUGAUCAUGUUAAAGCACUGAUUCAUGUGUUUGACUUUUAUCGUGCCAGUCCCAGAGCAACACACAUCUCCCACUCAGACACGUGGCUUUUUAAGGAUAUUGGGACAAAUCAGCUGCACUCUGCUGCUUUAAGACACCAGCACCUUUAGAUUAUCCCUCAUCAGACAGUAAUUUGCUCCAGGGUCUAUGAAAUUAAAUUAAUUCCAAAAGACUGACAAAACUUUUUGAGGAGGAAAGUCCCAAAUUUUAUGAGCACAUGCAGUCAUGUUAAAUUUUUUGCUCGUCUGAAGGAAACGCUUGUGUUCUGUUAACCACAAAGGCAGCAUCAUGUGUGGUGCUUAAGUGCUUAAAGUGGAAAAUAAACCGUCUUUAUCAAAGAUGUUGGAUUUUAGUUUAGAUUUUCUCUUGAACUUGUGUCUGAGCUUACCUCUCUACCUUGUAAAAUCCUGAUAAAAGGGAGUCGUGAUUUUCAGAUGGAGAAAUCCUGUUACAAACCUCAGAUAAAACUCUGUUGUCUCAGCCACUGUCUGCCAUGCAGCUUAAAUUGCAGAUUUAAGAGGGCGGCGAGGUGAACUCCUGCAGUCUGUCAUACAAAUACAAAGCGCACCAAAGAAGCUUUCGGGCCUUACUGCAGAGCUCUCCAUGGAGAAUCCCUCUAGCAAACAACGCUCUUAAUGUCUGUUUGUGUGUGUGAUUUAAAUUUAUUUGUCAGAGCUUUUAUCAAAACAGGUUUGUCUGGAGGUGAUUUAUAGAGCCACAGCAAUUUAAAGGAAAAACAAAUCCAUCUGAUCCAUCAGAGAGAUAUAAGACUUAAGUUCCCUUUGUCACACCGGUUAAACAAAUCCACGGAAAACAAAAUAAUAAGGUAGCCUUCCUCCUGUGGACAGGACUUAAAACAAACCAAUCUGUCUGUUCAACAGCAGCUCGCUGUAAAUGUGCCUCUUCUCAGUGUGUUUGUUUAACUGUGCAAGGGAGUAUGUUAUCAUUAAAACCCAUUAUUCAACUUUUAUCUGAUUCAUCCAGGACUCGGUGUAUUUAAAGUGUCCUGUUCCAGCCUUUAUCUGCUCGUCUUAAUUGAUGGGAGGUCAUGCUGAAAGCUCAAACAGUAAACACACCCAGAUACCUGCUCAAUCUCUGCAUUUGUUGAACAUGGAAACAAGUGAAGCUUUCUGCAAACGAGAAACAGCAUUUAUUCAUAGCGUGUAAUUAUCAGUCAUAAUAUUGCUUAAAGCUGUUUUCUUUGAAUAAUCAAGGUGUUGUGUGUGUGUAUAUAAAAACUCCUUGUGGAAAAAUACACACUCUCACUUGCAGGCUGCCCAGAGUUGGCCGCAGAUCUGCAGCUUUGAUAACAAGAAAGCGAAGGCUCCAAUCUUCAAACCAAAAGAGAAUUUUAAAAAGGUUUCACUGGCAAAGACAGAGCCAAUUCUCAGAAAUAAGGAUUAUAAAACCAACUAAAUUUGCCGUCAGUCGAAAAGGGGUAUUUUCAACCACUCCAUGAACUACAAUGAAAUAAAUGUGUCUUUACCCUGAGUCCUUUCUGCCUACAGUUUUUCUGUGCAUUCUUCCUCACUGAGAAGUAGACAGGCCUCUGGUUCUAAGUGUGAACAAUUAAGCAGUGAGAUGUAAUAGUUUGUAGCCUAUAAACCUGGUCUGUUUGGCAUGUGUCCAUUUUUUUGUUGUUGUUGUUAUCUUUUAAACCAGCUAUAUUUAAUCCUCCACACUCUUGUCUUGCAGGACGAAUUUCUGGCCUGGAAGAGGAGGUGCGUCAGCAGAGGCAGGCUCUGGCUAAGGUAGAGAGUGAGAAGAGGCAGCUCCAAGAAAAACAUACAGACUUGGAGAAGGUAAACUGUCCUUUCAAUACUUCAACACUUUUUACAGGUCAAGCUUUGACCUUGUUAUUUUUUAGUUUUUUGGCUUGUUACAAGAUUAAAAAACAUCAUCAGCAUAUUCAUGAGGUUGCUGGUUGCUGUUUCACUCUUCAUUAAGAAUAGAGGAACUGCAGUCGUGUGGAUUCCUGAGGGUAAAUCACACAUCUCAAUCUGCAAAUAUGAAAUGUGUGCUUCUCUGCCAGAGUGUUUGUCUUUAUUAUCUGAUCUGACAUCAGUACAAAACGUUUACAGCUUGAAUUAAAAAAGUGUUAUUCCCUUUAGCCAAAGGACACAUGAAUAACUUACACACUUGCUCUGUAAAAAAAACGAUGACACCUGAUGAUCAUAGUGAAAUUUAGUGGACAAGACACAUCGACACAAGACCUUUUUUUGUCAUCUGAAAAGUGUGCUGCAUCCUGAUGCAUCCAAUAUAUAUGAGAGUGUAGAAAGAGGUUAUACACUAAGCUUCGGUAUUUCACCUGUUGGAUACAUAGUGGUCUAGUGGCGCUAGGGAUGGGCGAUAAAUUAUCGUCCACAAUAUAUCGUCAGAAAAAAAUCCUUCAUGAUAAAUAUUUGCAAUAUGAUAAAUGCGAGUUGAUGAUGUAAGCGCAAGUGACAGACUCACAGCCGUAGCCCGCACAGAGCAGAAUAACAAACAAACAUGGCCGAAAGUGGUAAAGAUUGGGGCUUAGAUGAGUACAAUCAGGUAUGCCUGGCAUCAGACGGUGGAUCUGCUGCAGUUCACUCUGUGCAAUAAGAAUUUUCAACAAAUAUUGAAAAUGUUUUCACUUGUUUGAUGUCAUUAGUUUUAUUCAUGACCUGCUACCACUCAAACUUGUGUUUAAGUAUCUUAUUUGACUUCUCACACUGGUAAGUGCCAUCCAAGAACAUUGUUUGUGGGUUUCUUAAGACAAAAUGAGUCAAAAACAUGGAUAGGAAUUAUAAUAUUUUUUUAUAUGGACUUUUAUCGUUAUCGCCAGAAUAGCAAAACUUAUCGUGAUAAAUUUAUUAGCCCAUGUCGCCCAUCCCUAAGUGGCGCCACCAUUAAACAGUCUUCUCCUUUGUUAGGCUAUAAUCACUCAUGUACAGAAAAAAAAACAGUAGUAUACUGUUAAGCGAAUAAAUCUUGUGUAGUUCUAAAGACUCUUCAACUCUUCAAGUGACCUCUAAAGGGGGUGAUGCCAGUCUUGCACAGGCAGGUCUAAUAGUGCCUCAAAACUAUCAAUGCCUUGGUAGGCUUUGCUCAGCUACCAGGUGGGUUCACAGCUGCUUAAAAAACACACACUGCUGAAUGCAGUCAAAGUUGUCAUACAGGAAGCUGGUUCAAACCUCUUCUCUCUGGGAGCCCUACAAAUAUAGACUGUGUCCUAAGUACCAGAGUGUGAUUUAUGUGCCAGGUUUUUACAGUAUUUUAGGCUAUCACAGUUUUCUGUUCACCAUCAUGCCCUUGCUUUGUUACUUGAUGUGUUGUUUCAGUGGGUUUAUCUGAAAGUCCGUGCCCUUGUUAACUUUGUGCAGGAAAUGAGCAACAAGGAGAUCGAUUUGACCUACAAGCUGAAGGUGCUGCAACAGGAGCUGGAGCAGGAGGAGGGCUCUCAUAAAGCCACCAGGGCACUGCUGGCAGACAAGAGCAAGAUCAAAGUGACCAUUGAGGGCGCCAAGUCAGAGUCCAUGAAGGGUAAGAGCUUCAUUGGUGAGAGCAGUUUUUCAACUUACUCUGGUUUGUGCAUGAGAGGCUGUUGUAGAAAAACAAUCAUACAAGAUUUGAACUCUGAAAUAAUAUGUAUAUAUUAACAGGAAAUCAGAUCUAAUUGUUCAUGUAAUAACAUAUGUCCCAUCCAGAGAUGGAACAGAAGCUGGCAGAGGAACGAGCAGCCAAACUGCGCCUGGAGAACCGAAUCCUUGAGCUGGAGAAGCACAGCAGCAUGAUGGACUGUGACUACAAACAGGCUCUGCAGAAACUGGAUGAACUGCGCAGACACAAAGACUAUCUGACUGAGGAGGUGGGGCUGUUUGUUUUCUGUGAACAGUGGAGUAUUAUAAAUAGUAGUCUGCUGCAGAAACAAAUCAUGCGGCUUAUGUAAUGUUGUGUCAUUCUGGGCUGAAUAAGAACCACUUCAGUUUAGAAGCAGUUCAGGAGGUUCAGAUGAAACCAUGAAAGAGCAAAAACUGAUGAUCCCACUCCAUGUUUCUCUGUUCUGAUGUGUUUUAUUCACACUUCAGGUGAAGAACCUGACGCUGAAGAUUGAGCAGGAGACCCAGAAGCGUAACCUGACUCAGAACGACCUGAAGGCCCAGAACCAGCAGCUCAGCUCUCUGAAGACCUCAGAGAAGCAGCUCAAGCAGGAAACAAAUCACCUGCUGGAUAUUAAACGCAGCCUGGAGAAACAGAACCAAGAGCUGCGCAAGUCCGUCUACUUUCAGUCCUGACACUCUUACAAACAUGGCACAUAUCUGAAACUGAAGACUGAUGAAAUUGUGUUUCUUUGACUACAGAGAGAGACAGGACACAGACGGGCAAAUGAAGGAAUUACAGGACCAGUUAGAAGCCGAACAGUAUUUCUCUGUGAGUCUACACUUCUCCGCUCUCACACAUUUACAUUUCAAAUGACUAAGAGCAACAUCAUGGUUCUGCUUCCUACCUGCUAAGAGUUUGUGAUCAGCCACCAGAAUACAUCUGUUCUUUCAGCUCCAGCUAAUGCGUGCUCUGGUUUGUUUUGAUAACUUGUUAAAAGAGUUAGAACUUAAGAAAUGAGCACUGUUCAUCAGACAUCUUUCAGUUCAUUUGCUGUGGUUUUUUUUUCCAGACUCUCUAUAAAACCCAGGUCCGUGAGCUGAAGGAGGAGUGUGAGGAGAAGAACAAACUCUACAAAGAAGCACAGCAGUCCCUACAGGAGCUACAGGAGGAGAGGUGAAAUAUAACUUCAGUUUUACAGUGAAGACGAUAGCCGGCCCUAACUCAGAUCUGUUUUUGCAUCUUGCAUGAGUAAAGUUUCACAAUUUAACACACCUGUUAAGAUUUUAUAAAUUCAAAGUGCUGUAGUCUUCAAAUCGAUAAGGCAAAAUUUAAGGCCAUGAAAAAGUGUUCAAAAUCUUAAAGGGAUAUUCCGGUGUAAAACGGGUUAGACACCCCUCAAGAGAUGAAUGUAGCUGGCUGCCUGAUUCACUAGUUAUACCAACUUUAGUAACGACCGCAUGAUAGCAAUGCACAGCGGUCUAGACCUCCACGUGCAAACCUCAACCAAAAAGUCACAAAUAAUGCUCGAAUAGCAGCUAACUUCAUCAACAGUACAUGUAGGGUCCCAGCCAUAGUACUAACCAUUAAACAUCUUUUUAACUUUGCCUAAUUUCUUUAGCAAAGAGACCAAACACAACUCACCCACUCUCUUCAAGCAGCCGCUUGUUUGUGGGGGAGCCCUGACGAGUCGAUCAGAGAGUGCACUUGUAUUGUGCACUAUUGGUGUUCAACUGUUUGUUGAGAUCUACAUGCAAUUUAGUACUUACUAUUUGGACUCUUAGUAAAACAGGCCGUCAGUGUCUAAACGGGGAGUUGUAGAAUGAUCUUCGAUAGCAGCAUGUCGGCUCAAAUAUUGGCUGCUAACUUCAUGAUUUAAUUUGAUGUUAAAGGAGCUGUCUGUGAUUUUAUUUCCAUGAAUGACUCUUAUUUGGAUCUCUGAUUAACUGUUGUUCAACCCCUCUGUUGUUGUUGUUGUUUUGUUUUUUUGUCCGUCUCAGGGACUCAUUGGCAGCUCAGCUGGAGAUCACACUGACAAAGGCUGACUCCGAGCAGCUGGCACGCUCCAUUGCUGAAGAGCAGUACUCAGACCUGGAGAAGGAGAAGAUAAUGAAGGAGCUGGAACUGAAGGAGAUGAUGGCCCGCCAUCGUCAGGAGCUGGCUGAGAAAGACAUCACCAUCGGUUCGGUGAGUCUCAUCAACUGUUGAUGCAUUAUUGUGCGCCGAUGAUCUGAAAGGGCUUUGUAUAGUGUUAGUUAAAGAGACAGCUGGCUAAUAGCCUAAAGAGUCCUCGUAGUUACCCAUAAUGCAGUGAAUGUGAAGUGUUUCCUGUCUCACGCAGCUGGAGGAGGCUAACAGAACUCUGACCAGUGAUGUUGCAAACCUAGCCAAUGAGAAGGAAGAGCUGAACAACAAACUCAAGGAUGCACUUGAAGGUAAUCUAACCCUAAAAAACAAUAUAGGAGUCUGUCAACAACUGAUUUCAGGUUUGACAUUUAACAUUUUGUUUCAUGUUCUUUAUACAGAAUCAGAAAAGUCGAAGGAUGUGGAGCAGCAGAUCAGUCAGAUGAAGCAGGCGUUUGAGAAGCAGCUGCAGUCAGAGAGGACGCUGAAGACUCAGGUGAGAGCAUCUAAACCCUCAGCAAAGAGACAGUUUAACCAGAGCUGAUCCUACCAAGGAUUUUUAGACAUGUGUAUUCUCUGAGACAGCAACAUCAGAGGCUUUACUCUAAAAUCAAAGUCUGAGUCAAACCCUCAGGAGCUCUCUCUUAAACCUGACACCUUUGAAAACAGGGUAAAUCAUGAACUGUGUCUGUCUGCAGGCUGUCAACAAGCUGGCAGAGAUCAUGAACAGGAAGGAGGUCCGUGGCGGAGGCGGCCGCCGUGGUAAUGACACAGACAUGCGGCGUAAGGAGAAGGAGAACAGGAAGCUGCAGUUGGAGCUGAGGUCAGAGAAGGAGAAACUCAACAGCACCAUCAUCAAAUACCAGAGAGAGAUCAAUGAAAUGCAAGCGGUGAGGAGGACCACCACACAAUCACACCGCACCAUUACUCUCAACUCUCCUCUCAUGUUUCAUCACUCCCUGCUGACCUUGUUACAUUUCGUUUGUAGCAACUGGCAGAUGAGAGUCAAAUGCGCAUCGAGCUGCAGAUGGCUCUGGACAGUAAGGACAGUGAUAUCGAGCAGCUGAGGAACCACCUGCAGACACUCAGCGUUCAAUCAAUGGACUCUGCCAGCGUAGGAAGUGGGCCUGAGUUUGAUGCUGAUGAUGCAUUCACAGGUAAGAGCUUGGGACAACCCAAGAGUUCACCUUUCUUCUGGGCCCUCGCCCCUGUUGCUUUCAUUUACUGUAACUUUUAAACAAGAAAGCCAAAACCAUGAAUCUUGAAAAUACUCCCCUUCAUUAUGAUAAAGUAGAAUUUGGGGAAAAACUGUCAUUACAGUGUUUGCUUUUCGCACUAUUUAGUGUACUUAGCAAUAAAAUUUAGAUAUUGAAUUUCCCUUCGGGGAUAAAGUUCUUAUUCUUAAAACUGUGAUUACAGUGUUUGCUUUUGCACUAUUUAUUGUAAUAAGCAAUAAAACUUGAAUAUUGAAUUUCCCUUCAGGGAUGAAUGAAGUUCUUCUUAUUCUUAAAACAGUGAUUAUCAGACUGCUGGCUAAAGCUUCAUUUAGCUGCAAUAAGACCCAGACUGCUGUCUGACAGCUAAAAUGUUCACGCUGAGUAAAGAAAAUUCUGAGUGAUUAGAUUUUAAAAAUCUCAGAUUUAUUAUAGAAAAUUAAGGGCUUAUUGCAAAUGCCCCUUUUUUGUAAACAAAACUUACAUUUGUGAUUUAUUGUGCAACUUUAGUUUCAAUGAUAAAGACAGUAUUAAAGACGUCAUACAUAAAUACAUGGAUUUGAUGUAUGUUACUUUGCAGGUAAGGUGAGGCAAGUUAGACAAGAUUUUAGAUUUUUGAUCAAAAGAUGAAAAAGGAUGAUAAAAGUAUCAUAUGUAGAUAUUAUUGGGGGGGUCUGAGCUAGGGUGACCAUGCAUCCGCUUUUACCCAGACAUGCCCUCUUUUUUGGGGGGCUGUCCGGCCUUGUCCAGGGGAGUUGAUAAAAUCCUUCAAAUGGUCGCGGUUUUGUAUGGAAGUUUUGAGUUUGUGUCGCAUGGACUAACUGAGAUAGAAGCGUAUAAAAAACACUCAAAAUUUACUGAGCGCGACUUUGUGACUCUGCCCCGCAUAGUAGUGUCCUCUUUUUAGGGAUUCAGAAUAUGGUCACUCUGUCUAAGCAACACUUGUGUUUUCAAAUGAUAUUCCUAAAUUGUAAUUUUAUGAGUACUCCAAUGCAUGGGAAUAUACAAGUCUUUGGACACAUGCUAAGUCCUUUGGUAAAUGUUUUUGGCUAAGAAGCAACCAUUGAUGUUUAGAUAAGAUAAGAGGAACUUAAUUUAUCCCCAAAUGGAAAUUCAAUAAAAUCUUAUCAAAUUUCUCACAUUCAGUCACACUUACAACAAGUCUUAAUGGUUUCUUGUUAACUCAAUAUUUGAUAGUGUUCUGAAAUCUGAUCACAUCUUAAUAUAACUUUGAGGUUGAGUAAGAGUUUUGGUUUGAAAAGUUGUGCUGAUCUUCUUUUAUUACUCAUUCAUCACUUUCUCCUCAUUUGCUUUUUUAUAUUAUCUUCCUCCUUCUCCCUGUUUUCCCUCCGUAAAAUCCCCUGAGUCAGAGCUGCUCUUGUACACACAUUUGUUUCUGAACCUCAGAAAAUCAGUUUCAUAAACUGAGCUUUCAUUUCAAAGGUUCAGUUCUCUGAGUAGACACUUUGAGGGCUUGUGUAAAGUAAACUCAGCAGCUAUUAGAUGUGGAUCAAUAUCGGCUUCAUCCCCGCCCUAUAAAAAACAAGUUCAGUUUAAGGAAACCAAAUAAGUGCAGCAGCAACCUUGGCCUUUUGUUGGUUGGAAAGUGUUUUUUAUGGUGGCAGUGAUAUGUAAUUCCAUAAUGCUUACACGCUGUAACCUCCACAUUUCUUUUUCUCUCCCACACAGAAACGAGGCUGGAGGGCUGGCUCUCUCUCCCUGUCAGAAACAACACCAAGAAAUUUGGAUGGGAGAAAAAGGUAUCAAAAAGAAAGUGCUGUGAUGAUGUAAAACACUCUCAGUCCUUGUCUAACGUUUCCUCUCCGUUGUUGUUAUUCUGCUGCAGUACGUUGUAGUGAGCAGCAAGAAGAUUCUCUUCUACAACAGCGAGCAGGACAAGGAGCAGUCCAUCCCUUACAUGGUGCUGGAUAUAGAGUAAGUUUUCAGCUCAGUUUAGUUUGUUUGUGAGCGCAUUAUUUUCUUUUUAACAGCAGCUCUUCGUAUUUGUCUUUAUUUUUGAACACAGCAAACUCUUCCAUGUGAGGCCUGUUACUCAGACAGAUGUGUACCGCGCUGAUGCCAAAGAAAUCCCCAGGAUAUUCCAGGUUUGUCUAAUCGUCCUCUAAAACUGAAACAGCUGGAUCAGCAGUGUUUGGGCACGAUUAAUUGAUGAUCGAUUAAUUGAUCGUUAAGAAUUUCGUAAAUCACGCAAAAUUUCGAUCAAUCUAACGUUAUUAAAAAGGGCUGACAGCGUGCAUCCAUCCUCCAGCUGCUGUCAAGCAAAGAUCAACCUCUACUGAUCGGGUGGGAUACCCCUUUGUCCAGUCAGUGUGUGUGUUGAAGCAAUAAAGUGACUGUGACCGUGCAGAGGGAUUUUGACAUUUUACAAGGGGAGUGAUACUUACGUAGAAGUCGAAAAAAAACCAUGGAGAAAGCGAGAGGAAGUGUUGUAUGGGAUGUUUUGGAGCGGAAAAAUGACGAGGUUUACUGCAAACACUGCGAUGCUGUGUACAAGUUCAACACGACAACGACCCCAAUGAUGUACCACUUGAACCACAUACAUCAGACUGAGGUUAAUGAAUCCUCCAAGUGCUCUCAGUCUCAACUUUAGGGUGACUAGAUGUCCCUGAUUUCAGGGGACAGUCCCCGUUUUGGAUGACCUGUCCCCAGCUAAAGUUGUCCCCGUAAAUGUCCUCAAUUUUAGCGUUUCAUGAAUGAGAAAAAAACUAAGUUUUUUACGGUAGCUGAGCAGGUAGGAAGUGCGCAUGAGCAUGUAGUCAUAAUUUAUAUGAUUAAUUGAUCAAGGGACUUUCUUUAAAUGCCCAUUCCUAGUUAGGUGUUCGUUUAGCAGACGAUAAACUUCUAUUCUCAUUCUUACCCUCCAGAUUCUUUAUGCAAACGAAGGUGAGAGCAAAAAGGAGCCCGAGUUUCCCGAAGCCAUGGGAGAGAAGUCCAGCUACAUCUGCCACAAAGGUCAUGAGUUCAUUCCAACACUCUACCAUUUCCCCACCAACUGCGAGGCCUGCACCAAGCCGCUAUGGAACGUGUUCAAGCCCCCGCCUGCUCUGGAGUGCCGGCGCUGCCACAUCAAGUGCCACAAGGACCACAUGGACAAGAAGGAGGAGAUCAUUGCUCCCUGCAAAGGUAAGAAUCUCUCCUAUUAUUUAUGUGGGUUGAGAAGAUCCGUAAACGCAGGUUUUCAUUCAAAGAAGAAUUUAGCUCUAUAGAAUAUCUUUUAACCAUUUAUACCCCGAAAUAUGUACAAAACAGAACCAUGUAUUCAAGAAAAACUUGAUUUCUUUCAUUGGUGCAGCUGCAAGCUAGAAAAAAAGUGAGUUUUCACCAUUAUUAGGAUUAUCACUCACUUUAUUACCUCCACCAGUGAACUAUGACGUGUCUACGGCCAAGAACCUGCUGCUGCUGGCUAUAUCCCAGGAGGAGCAGCAGAAGUGGGUGAGCCGACUGGUCAAGAAGAUCCCCAAGAAACCUCCUCCAGCUGAGCACUUUGCACGCUCCUCGCCACGCGCCUCCAUGAAGGUCCAACCCAGCCAGUCCAUGAGGAGGCCCAGUCGACAGCUCCCCACCAGCAAGAGCAGGUAGCAUAGCAACGAGGGAUUUGCUCCUUCUGAUUUACGCUUGCAAGCUACUUUUUAGAUAAACAGUCUGAAUACAGGUGUACUUGAUCACAGGACUGCACUGAUCCAAGCAUACCUACUUUGUAGUAAAUGUGACUUUUUGAAGAGUAUGUCCCUCCAGAUCUUUGUUAGGUCUGUCUCUGUUUCCACCUGGUUCUGCUUCGUGCCCUCUCGUCUUUUAAGAGCGCGGCACAGAGCACCAGUGCUGGACCGCUGGAGUCACAAAACCAGGGAUUAGAGAAACAGUGGUUUUCUACAUCCAUGAUGAGCUCUGAAAUCUCUGACUUGUUGACUCCAGACCUGGCUCUGCUCACUAAGACAGUUUGCUGGUGUAGUCAAGUGAAUCUUGGAGUGUUGUAUUUUGAAAAUGAACCUGGAGUUUUAAUGUUGUUCCGGUGUCUGACUUCUGUCUUUCUCAAUCUGCCCUGUGCUGAUUGAAACGUCGUGCUCUGUCAUCCAGCAAAAAUAGAAGUCGUGUGAAUCUGCUGCAGAGGAGACGAAGUAGAAAUGCGAGGCAGCAGAGUUAGUGGAGAGAAACGCUGUGACUAAAGUGAAAACCUGUAUUCUGCUGCUGGGGGGAGUGGAGACAGACUGAGCACAGAUCUGGUGGAGUUAAGGGGUGAAACCAGGAGAAGACGAUGGAGGGGAAUGUAGCUGACUGAGAUCCAGAAAUGUAAAAAAAAAAAAAAAAAAAGUCUUUCACUUGCUUUUUUUUUUCCUUUCAUGGGCCAGCCUGACAGGAUAGAAUAUAAGGUGAAAAUGAAGUGUCAUAACUUGUUUGUAAACAUCAAAAUAAGAGAUUGACUAAUUAUUGGGUUGGGCUGAUUAAUUAAGCCAAUUUAUGGCGUUAUGUAAUCGUCUGCAUCAUGUAUUACCUAUUAAAGGAUAGCUGAAUAAUGUCUGCAGGCAGCCUCAUCAGUGUGGCUGCUGCUGCUGCUGCUGCUGAGUAAUGUCAGCACUCUCCUAAUUGAUAGUAAGUGUACCCAUCCUGGAUGACAGCAUCUUAAAUCUUAAACCAGUUACUGGCUAGUGGUUUAUUUAAAGUCUGUUAUGCUGCACAGAAUAAAUCUGUUGAUUAAGGCUAAAACACACAAUAUCCAUAUUGAGCGCAUUCUGUAAGUGUCGCGUAUCAUGUAGCAAAUAGGUUUCCAUACUAAUCAAUGCAGCAUCGCACACAGGACACGUAUCAGCUCCGUCUCAGAAGCGUGUAGAGUGCGGCUCCGCUAAAGAUACACACAGAGUCCAUAUUUGCUGCUCUACGCUCCCUGAUCCAUGUGGACCCCAACAGAACUUUUAACUGCUAACUCUGUCUGAAGGUAACAGCACAGCAUAAAGUAACAUAGUUGACUUUAUUAAACACAAGUAAACCAGCAAGAACUGAAACUGUAAAAUAACGUUGCUUUUUCACAUAUAGUAGAGGCUCAACAGUCACUGAAUUAUAUCCAAAUAAGCAAGAAAUAGACCACAGAACGGCAAAACAACCUGUUGUGAGCAUGUUGUUUCCUCUAUACUGAGCCCAGCUGACCGGGGCUGCACUACGCUGCUGCUACCACGCUCCAAACACACAUCCUGUAUGUGAUAGACAGCGCUGCCCUAUGGAGCAGAGACACGACGCUGACGGAACACGCUCAAUACAGAUCCUGUAUGUUUUUGGCUUUAGUCUACAACAUAAACCAGUGUAUUUAAGAAUGAAUUCAAAAUCCAUCCAGAACAUGUUUCUGGACAAGGUAAUGAUGUAAAUUUGAUUGUGAUGUACAUGGAAUGAUGGCUGGUAUGAUUACGAAAUUGUGAUAUUUUUAUCAGUUGCAGAAACAACAUUACGGUGUCAUUCUACCUGCUCUGUAAUCAUCAGGAAACUUCCACUAAAAAUCUACAAGUUCAGUAUUUACAUCCCCACUCUCAGUUCCAUGUGAAAGACUGUGACAUUGAACUCAGAAAAACUUCAUAUUUAUGCAGAGCAGCCACUCUCCCAGUAUAGAACUGAUCUUGUGUUUUAAUCUAAAAUUCACCUCAGCCUCUCAGAGAAGUGUUUCUGUGUGAGCAGCUGUGGAGCGUUUUCCUCUGAAUACAUGAUCAGCCUGCAGAAGAUGAGAGCCUCCUCUCAGGUCCUCCUCAUGUUGUCGGUUUCCCUUAUGUAACACUUCAAUUACUUAAUCAUGGGAACAAUAGCCAGCUCUGUGCUCGACAAGAAGGGAGUUUAUCUGUGCCUGUGUGUCAGCAUGUGGUGCUGUUUCUGGCUAUCAAAACUAAUCUUCCCUUUCAGAUUGGAGGACUUUGGUGUUCAGGACUGGCACUGGGCGUUGGAUGAUAUCGAUGAUGAUUGUUCCUCUAUUCAUUUCUGAUGAGCCCAUAUGGUAACACUGAUUGCAGUGUGUGCUGUGUGCUGCAGUGAUAGCAGUGGCAUUAGUACAGUGUUCCCAUGAGGCAUCCGUUUACACAGUGAGAGUCACAAUUCGCUGUUUUUGAUCAAACUUUGUGUAUUUCAAAACUUCUGCUUUAAAUUACAUGAGGCUGAACACUCGUGUGUCUAAAGCUGCUGAGCUCAAGGAGGCUUUGCUCUCACAUCCAAGUCCUUAAAGACCCACUCCGAUGAAAAUCAUGGUUUUCUUGUUUCUAUAUGUUCAUAUUCUGAUACUACAGGACAUAUUAUAAGAAAAGUGUGAAAUUGCAUUUCUGAGUAUUUCUGCAUUCCAAUUCGCUGUAAAUGUCUGGCAGACCCAAACAGCAGGCUCAGACACAGUGAGAUUUCCUACAUAGCAAAUUCAAGCUCCGUCCCCGUCUGAAAAGAAGAGAGGACAAUCGCAGAACAAGCCUGCACGUUAGUGGACUGUAAUAUUAACUUUUAUCAUGCCCCCAAAGACAUUAGUGUCAGAGAGCUGAAUAGCUUCUAUGUUACCUGCCACUUCUACUACACCGGUAAUGUUAGGCUACAAACUAGUGUGAAGAGGAGUGUGAGAGCAGCGCUGUCUCCACCCACGACUCAGAGGUGAAUUGCUAAUGAGCUACUGGAGCUCUGCAGAAGAAAAUUCCUUGAAAAUGAAACGGGUAAUGUGAUUAUUUUUUAAAAACUUCAUAAUCACAAUUUAAAGACCACUGAUAGCGUGGAUUUUGGACCAAAACACCACACUGUGUGAAGGUAGUAUGAGGAGUAAUAAAAAAAAAAAUAGAAAACAAUCGGAUUGGGACUUUAAACAUUUCUCACUUGUGGUGACUUAAUGACCUUUGACCUCUGACCUCGCAGGUCAAAUGGCUCCAAAAUGCGGCGAGAAGAAUCUCACAUUGGACACUGGUACAAAUGAUGACUCCUCCCACCUUGUUCUCCCUUUGCCCUGACGUUUUCCUGCAAGAGAAUCAGUCCCUGAAUGUGUGUUUGUUUUUUGUUUUUUUACAACCAAAUGUCCAGACACAGCCCUGGUGGUCAGUAUGUGGUGCUGCUGGUGUUUAUGUUUGGCCUCUCUGCAUGUGCUUGUUCUGGCAGCUUGCUGCGCCACUGGGGUGAUUGAAAAAAGAUGUAAAAUGUUUGAGGUUUGAAAGAAAAAUACUCAAUCACAUAUUUCACAUGGUGGAAGCAGAACAUUUGAUGAAGGCUGAUCUUACACAUCGUUCUGCACACUGUUUUACUCCUUUUUCUCUGCUGUUUUAAAAGUCUGUUUUAUACAAGAUACAAAAGAAGCAUAAAAGCUGCAGUACAGAGAUAUGUUUAUAGUAAUGCGGAAAGUGUCUCAGUCGGUUUGGUUUAGCUAAUCCAUUCUUAAACCUAAAAUGACCAGGCAGACGGGUCUAUUGUUGCUUAUUGCUCAGAAAUCAGUCAAAACUGGGCACACAUGUUUAUUUAACAUGGCUAAACAUGGGAUCAGAGAGUCUGCACUGUCAAAUAUAUUAGCAGUAUGUGGAUAACAACACUAGCUGAGGUCACACCACCGGCCUUUAGCUCUCCCUGCAGAGUAAUAUUAAAGGGAUAUUCCGGCAUAAGUUUAAGCCAUAGUCAAACACACCUUAACACCAAGUUAGACACCCUGUCGGGAGAUGAAUGUUGCUUCUCUAGAAGGUUUGAUGGAUGGGUGAAUACUGUAGUCUUUACUGCAAACAAACCACAGUAGUUGAAGUCUUCCUGGUGAAGGUCUAUUUUCUGAAACAUUGUGAAAUAAGUGCAUUACUCCAGGAUCUUAUUUCACUCCCUGUUUCUAAAUCUCUCCUCCUUUUUCUCUUUCUCCAGUUAA